AGUGGGAGAAGAGCCGGCGGUGGGAAGAAGCAGAAGGGGGAAACCGCCGCCCUCUCCUCUUCCAACCAUCCCCGAAGCUAACCGAGAAGCCCCAGUUGCGGCGCCGGCGGCUGGGAUAUACGAGGAGCCAGAGGGGACGCCGGGCAAGGAGGCUCCGCCCGCCGUGCCUCAGGUCGCUCGCAGCAGCAGCAGGGGCCGCCUCGCCGGGGCGCCACGUCUGCCGGCUGCUGUAGCGGCGACGGGGGCGGAGCCGGCCUGAGUGGCAGAAAAGAUGGCGGCCAGCAUCCGGGAGAAGCAGACGGGUGAGUUCCCCGCUUUCCUCUCGGGGACAGGCUCGAAGGGGCGCCGGCCCUCUGUUGCCGGGGAGCCCGCGGGGUGCGGCGGGGCCGCCGCCGCUGCCCUCGUCGGCGGGAGGGUUUCGCGGCGUCUUUGUUACCUCACGGAGGAUACGCGCGGCCUGCUCCGUUCUGCAUCCUCUGCGGGGCCUCUUCCUUUAAAACCCGCGCGAAGAAGGCUCUCUUUGGCUGGCCGACCCGCUUCUGGAGGAGCGGAGCCCUGCCCUACUUUUGGGGGGGGGGGUUGCCCCGUGGCGGCCAAGGCGCCGAGAGGGUUCCCUGUAUUGACCCCGCAUCCUGCUCUUAGUUUCCUGGCGCGGCUGUGUUUCUUCUUUCGCUGCCUCCAACCCUCGGGUUUUAUAAGAACAGCAACAACACUUUGGGAUUAUAGGGCAGUAGGUACUUCAUAGACCACUACGGAGUUUUAAGUUGGUACAAAAAGGGGGGGGGAAUCCACCCCACCCCAUCAUGUCCACAAAGAGACUGCCGUCACAGUUUCAUAGACAUUACAGUUAUUCCAAAGGAGCCCUUAAACUUAAAGUGGAGUCAUGCUAUUAGUUGUUAAAAGCAGCCUUUGCAUCAUCCGCCUACCCGCGUUAAGCAAUUUGCAAGGCAUUGUUAGAAGAUACAAGAACAAAUGAUCCCCAAGAAAUGCCCCUUUAGUACCUUACACUCAUCAUCCUCAAAGGAAAAUAUAAGGUUUAUCAGAGUCAGCAUUGUUUUCAUCUUUUCAAGCUGUGCUCCGAGGAGUUCUGAACAUGUCAUCUAUGCGAUCGUGAUGGUUUUAGGCUGGGUGUUUUUCUGUGAUUUUAAUGGCUGGUGUUACUACUCCAAACUGAAGCACAGCCCUUCAAAUCAGAGUUUCUCCACCUGGUGUCCUCCAGUUGUUUUUGGACUAGUUCCCAUUAGCCGCAAUCAGCACUGGUUGGACUUGUGGUCCAGAACAUCUGGGGGUUACCAGGUUGGGGAAGGUUGUUUCAAACAAACAGAUUUGCCUAUGUUAUCCAGUCAGAAGCAGGUCAGUGUAGUAUGUCCCAAUGGCUUGUAAUUGCCAAAGCAUUCCAUACUGAACAUAUAUUUAUUAGUAAGAAAUGUUUCAAGAAACCAUUCUGGAACACAUACUGCAAAGGUGUAUGAAAUCUUCACAGAUUCACCCAUGUCGGGGUUUGGGUUUAGGACUAGACUUCUUCAUCAGACUUCAACACACACACACACACACACAUUUUUUAUUACAGUUUCAUUCUUCUUAUGUCGGAGAUAUUGAGAAGUCACUGCCAGUUUGGACUUGACAGCAUAUAUGUAAAUUCAGUGCCCUUGUGUGCAACACUUUACACUUUCUGCUGAAUCUCCUUUGCCAUUUUGUUCCCAUUCAUGUGUUUGUUCAUGGAUUAUUUUAAAAGUUUUAGUCUCAGGGCAGAGCCUUGGGAAUAUCUAAUAUGACUUUCACAUCAAUUUUCACCAUACUUAUGUCUCUGAGUAUAAGAAGGCUUUGGUACAUAGGAAGUACAAUGGAAACACACUGUUAUUUUACAAUACCAGGUUUCUGCUCUUAGGUUCUUGUCUCUUCAGUUGCUACAAUAUCCACACAUCUUGACAAAUGUUGUUAUUAAUUUAAAUAAGACAGUAGCCAUGGCCUCUUUAUUUAUUUUAUUUUAACAAUUUAUAUACUGCUUGACUACAAUAAUCUCAAAUAAAUAAACUAACAUUGUUUAUUUCUAAAUAACAUAUAGUCAGAUUGCAAUAUUUUGAAAAGGUUCUCAAUAGAUUUUAUGUGGUUAGUCAUACGUUUUCAAAACUAUUCAAAAUCCUCUUUUCUCUCAUUUUCAGUGGCUCUAAAACGUAUGUUGAAUUUCAAUGUGCCACCUGUUAAAAACAGUACAGGUGAACCAGUAUGGAAAGUAAGUCAAACUAUAUGCCAAUUUUACACCCAUGGUAAUCAUUUCUAGUUUCAAAUUAACUUACUUGCCUUGUUCUUGAAAAUGACAUUUUAUAGCUUUACAAAAUAGGUUGUUGACUUGGACCAAUUGCUGAUAAUGAAAAUGAAAGUGUUUUAAUUAUAUUGUUGUUUAGUCGUGUCCGACUCUUCGUGACCCCAUAGAACUGCAUAAAGAAGAGCUCUGUGAAAGUAAACAUAACUGAGUAGAUAGAAGUAAUUCCUUUGGUAGUAUAUUUGACACUGGUGAUGGAUUUUAUUGAGGAAACUGUACUAAUGGUUUAAGAAACAUUGUUUCUGACUGUGUUUUUAAUGUUGCAUGAUAGAACCAUUUCAGUCUUUAUUGUGCAUGUUACUUUUUCCAGUUGGUUUUUAAGUCCAGAUGUCAUCAUAAAACACUUUUUUAAUUCUGACAGGAACUAGCUAGGUGAGCAUCAGAUGCACACUGCCCCAUUCCCUCCUUCUCUGGCAUGGCUGCAAUGAGGAGCUCUGAAGCUUUUCCUUUCUUUCAUUUGUUUGAGGCUUGCUGUGUUGUGUGACCCUGAGAAACUCCAGUUAAUCUUAGCUCUGAUUAGCUUGAAACAAGCCAUAUAUUAUGAAGCUGCCUGGUUUUGACAAACAACAUUAAAUACAGUGGUACCUCCGGUUACAAACGCUUCAGGUUACAAACUCCACUAACAUGGAAGAGUUACCUCGAGUUGAGAACUUUGCCCCAGCAUGAGAAUGGAAAUCGGGUGCCGGCAGCGCAGCAGCACCAAGAGGCCCCAUUAGUGAAAGCACUCCUCUAGUUAAGAACAGUUUCAGGUUAAGAACGGCUCUCCGGAACAAAUUAAGUUUGUAACUAGAGGUACCACUGUACAGUUGAAGCUUGAGACAUAACAUUGAGAUUGAUUGAUUUAGAAACUAAACUGUGUUUAAUAAAAAACAUGGGAAAAAACCUUAAUUCAACUGCACUGGAGGGAGCAGGAAAAGCAUUUUAGCCAAUGGUUCAUCUAGAAUUAUUCCCUUCAUAAUAAAUCAUGGUUAGUUAUUAUGUCCAAAUAUUCUCUCUUGGUUUUGUAUGACAGGCUGCCCUUAUUUUUUAAAAAAAAUUGCAGUGUCAAACAAAAAUUUGUAAUGCUUUCCUGUUGUUUUCUUAUUUUUUAAAUAAUAAUUUGUUUUAAAGGAAAUUACAGUGGUACCUCUGGUUACAUACCUAAUUCGUUCCGGAGGUCCGUUCUUAACCUGAAACUGUUCUUAACCUGAAGCACCACUUUAGCUAAUGGGGCCUCCCGCUGCCACUGCGCCGCCAGAGCACGAUUUCUGUUCUCAUCCUGAACCAAAGAUCUUAACCCGAGGUACUAUUUCUGGGUUAGCGGAACCUGAAGCGUAUGUAACCUGAAGCGUAUUUAACCCGAGGUACCACUGUAUUUAUUUCAAAGCAUAUGAGAAUGUGACUGACUCCUUCAAAUCUGAAAUGUUGCUUAAGACCCCUUUAUCUGUUAAAUAAUUACAAGCUCAUGGACAUAAAGCUGCUGCACAACCUCUGCUCAGGCCCCACUGAAGUGAAUGGUGAUCCAUGCACUGACAUUGCUUUCUAGUUUGCUUAGUGUGUAUGCAACUAAUAAAACCUGACCAUAGCAUUCUUCUUCCUCUCUGAUUGGUUGACCUCAAAAGAGUCCUAUCCUCUCCCCUAAAUAUGUCAAGUUCCUUACUGGAAUUAUGCUAAUAGGUAUUUUUGUGUUGCAGGUUCUCAUUUAUGACAGAUUUGGCCAAGAUAUAAUAUCUCCAUUAUUGUCAGUGAAAGAAUUAAGAGACAUGGGCAUUACUUUACAUCUGUAUGUAUCUAUAUGUAUACGUUUUGCGGUUGUGUUACUUUAUACGUUGUUUGAAAAAACAUGUGGUUUUUUUAUGGUGAGGAGGAUAAGGUUGCAUGUUAAACCACCAGUUGGGUAACUGGUCAAUAAUGGGAAGCUGAAGGAUGCUAGUUAUGCUUACAGUGAUGUAUUCUCUCUUGUAAAAAACAGACUGAAGCUCUGGCAUGUCUAAGUAUGCCAGUCUUUACCUAAAACAGUACAUAAAUCCAUUACAUUGAUUACAAAAUUAAGAGAAGGCUGAAAGCAGUUUUAAUUUUGCAAGUUACUGGGCAUACAGUAAGAGCAUAUCUGAAAAACAUAUUUUCAUUAUACUUAAGUCUAUGCAAUCUACCUUUUCAAGUCAUAGUUCUGAAACACCUGAGACAGCUCCUUUUCCUUUUUUCAGACUAAUCAUACAAGCUAUGAAUGGGUACACUGAGAUGCCGUGGUUAACCUUGAUUGCAAUUCAUGAUGUGUGGUCAACAAACUGCUUAACUACAGUUAAGGGAAUAGGAGAGAAAGGAAUACACCUUCCUUGGGCAGGCUUUCAGUUAAACUGCAAUUAAAGAAAAACUAGCAUUACUUCUGCAUCAGCAAAUUAUGUAGAAAGUGCCGUGUGCCCAAUCCAAUAGAUGAUUACUUGGAAGAAGGCUGAUUGCACGGUCAAGCUCUGCCCAAGCAAGUGUGCAUAGGAUUGAAGCUGCUGAAGCCUUUUUUGUUUCUAGGGCUUUUUGUUGUUGUUCCAUUUGUUUCAAGAAAGAGUAAAACAGUUCACAAAUGAAGCUUGUUCUUUUAUUUCCAGUCUUCUGCACUCCGAUCGAGAUUCUAUUCCAGACGUUCCAGCAAUAUAUUUUGUAAUGCCAACAGAGGAAAAUAUUGACAGGCUGUGCCAGGUAGUGUGACGUGCUUAAUGUCCAUUGUAAGAGUUUAAAAAUUCAUGUUGUAACACAAGAAACUGGACUUUGUUUUACUGCCAGAUAAAAGGUAGUGUUUAUGCUUCAGCUGCAUAGAUGUUAGGGCUGUGACUUCAUUGUUUGCAGCAUGUACUCCACAUCAGCAAAUCCAGUGAUGAGCCAACUGCUUAGAAAAUACUCUUACUACUUACAGUGGUUAUGCUAUGGAUCAAAGAGGUUCUUAAGUGUCGUUGGCAGUUAGGAGAGACAGCUUGCUACUGCUGUAGCCCCUGCAAACGUGUUGUCUUGUAUGAUUAUUCCCUACUUUCCUUGCAGUUUUAAAGUCCAUCUACUACCUGUGCUAGUGUGUACAAAUAUAUCAGGUGUCAAGUGUUCGAAGCUCCCAUUGUUCUAGGCUCAUUUUGCGACAGGGAAUUUCAUUAGUGAGAGCAGUUUCUGAGCUCUGGGUGCAGUACUGUGCCCAAGAUUUCAAACUGCAGAGUGGAAGGAAAGGAAGACCUUUUUCUGCCUCCCCACUUCCAGCUACUCUCUGAAGACUGUAGAAGAGACCCUCUUAAGAAUAUUAGGGGGGUGGGCAGGGGAAGGACCAGAUCAUGUGAAAAAUGAGCAUAAUAUUUUAGCUGCAGUUCAUUCAUUUUCAGCUUUGUAUUCUUGUUAUAAAAAAGUCUGCCUAGACAUUCCAUUAUUGCACCGAUAACCUAGGUUUAAGGUGCAUUUAGCUCCUAGCUUUCAUAUCUCAGUUUGUAACACUGGCUGGCUUGCUUAACUUUUUCUUAAAAUCCAGAAAUUGAUAUAGCAGUGAAUAUCAGGUAUAACUCAAAUCUCCUUUUCACAUGGGGAAAAAAAACCUUCAUUCUCUUUUACCCCAACCUCUGAGCAUUAUGACAAUAUGAUUUUCACCUUUUGUAAAGGGAGUGAGCCAGAAUUGUUGCAACAUUCUUAAUUUGAUUAAGCUUUUCAGGUGAUUUGAAUGUAACAUUUCAUAAUCUGAGAUAUCUCUUGGAGUGAUUUCUGGAACCAUGACCAUGAAAAUGAUUCAUUAUGCCCCAUUCCUGUAGAUUUAAUGUAUAUUAUACAAGCUGAGGCAACAGAUGGUAUUAGUGGAAUUAUAUAUAAUCAGGUUGCAUAGAUUAAUUUUUUCUCCCAUCAAAGCCCAUACAGGGCAGGCCACAACCUUUGUAUUGGUGCAAUUUAGGAUUGCAGUUUUUAGUGAAUGAAUGUCCAGCAUAUCAAUUUAACACUGCUGACACCUGCAGGACACAUGCAGACACUGCAGAGGCUUUUAAACUCAAAUCUCAGACUGAGUUCUUCUCUAGGCAGAUCUAAUCCAGGACAGAUGCAAUAACACAAUGUGCAGAAAAAUGAACUAAUCAAUAUAUUCAAAAUUUACCCAAAUGAGCUCAGCAGAAAAGCUUCUUACUAGGGUCAAAACAGGCUAAAUAAAGAAAUGGCAUAUUCUGUUAAUUUUUGGUUUGAAGUGUGGAUACUUGGAUAAUAUUAAAUGGGAAGCUGCUUUACCCAUGCUUAUCAAAAUAACAGAAUAACUGCUUUUCUGAAUAAGCUUUAUUCUAUCCCAUGUUAGACAUCUUAAUAACCAGGAGUGAUGUCCACUCAGAGAUGCACACAUUCUCACCAGUCAAAAGCAUUGUAUUUGUGGAAUAUGAACUUGACAAAUGAUUACCCUAGGUCACUGGCAAGUAAGGAGCAAGAAUUUUAACUAAACUUGGGGCGAUUACAAAUGAAACCACUGUGUUCUGCCCAGUUUUUUAUUUAUUUUAUUUGCAUGAGACAUUCGAGCAUGCUUCCCACAUGUCAGCAUACAUACAAAUGAAUAUAGGACUGGGGAUGUGCACCUCAAACUAAGCUUUGGGACACUGCACAUUAAACACUGACACUUCAGAAGAACAUUUUCUGCAAAACUCCCUAGUAUUGUAUAUAUUGUCUGUUAUUGGCAUGGGUUAUGCUGCCUAAUAGGAGAUUAAUUUUUAGAAGCACUACUGUAUAGUAAAGGCUUUCAUUUUCAAAGUAUACUUGUUAUCUAAAAAAUUCUGGUGUUUUUAACAUUCAUUUUUUUCUUUCAGGAUCUUAGAAACCAACUUUAUGAAUAUUAUUAUUUAAAUUUUAUUUCUGCCAUUUCAAGAAGUAAACUGGAAGAUAUUGCAAAUGCUGCUCUGGGUGCCAGUGCAGUAGCACAAGUAGCUAAGGUAAAGUACAGUAUUCCAAACAUUCAUAUUCGAGUACCUGUUACUUUCAAAACUGAUUCAACAAGUUUUUUGGAGUGUGGGGUUCUUAAGUUGGGAGUUGGCAAAAUUGGGCAUUUCAGUUUGUGCAGGUUAGAACUAUUUUGCAAAGAUAAUACUGCUAUUGCAUAUAAGCCCUUGUUGUUCCUUAAAUAAAAAUAAAGUUUUGAUAUAGUAGUGAUUCAAUAUAAACUAAUCAUUUUAUGUUAUUGUUAUGUUAUUUUUACUAAUGAUCCCUUUGUUUUGAUGUAUAGGUUUUUGACCAAUAUCUCAACUUCAUUACUUUGGAAGAUGAUAUGUUUUUAUUAUGCAAUCAAAACAAGGAGCUUGUUUCGUAUCGUGGUAGGUGGAUUAUUCUAAAAACAGUUAUUUUGUUAAACGUCUAGCAUUUUAAGAGACCAUAAUGGUGUAAUUCUGUAUGUGCACCCAGACAUUCUAAUGCUGGUGACAGUGUGGAGUUUUGCUACUGACUUCAUUUUCCAUUAUUCGCCUUGAUUACUUGCCUACAUUUAUUAUUGAGCUGUAAUGGAUUAGUGAAGUUUAUGAAAGUAAGCACAUAAAGUGCUUUCUGCUGUUUAGACCGAGUAACUUAUUUUUGUGUCAUAGACCCAGGAUAUAUAUCUUUACUAUCAGGCAAGAAACAUAAAUGGAGGGUAGAAUCCAACAUGCAAUCAGACUGCUGCUCAUGCGACAAGGUUGCUGCUUCCUCUCAUCACCCCUGCAGCCCCCUACGUGCCCCCCCAAAUUUGCUUCCUCUCCUUCAUCCCUUUGGGACAAAUUUUGAGGGUGCACGCAAGGCUGCAGGGGGAAGAGAUUAAGGUGAUAAGCUCUCACACAACAGACAGCAUUGGAUACACCCUGGAAUUUUAAAAUUGUUUUGGUCUGCUAGAAUUUUCAGCUUUUAAUCUAGCGUGAAUGACACAUAGGCAUAAUUUAUACAGUACAGUAAUCUGAUUUUUUUCUCCUCUCCAUUUUUGGUAUUGCAGCCAUCAACAGACCAGAUAUAACAGACACGGAAAUGGAGACUGUAAUGGAUACAAUUGUAGACAGCCUUUUCUGUUUUUUUGUUACACUUGGUAAGUAUGUUGGUUUCUUAAAUAUCAUACCUCUGUAAGGAAUGCUGUGAAAUUCCCUCUACCUUAAGUCAUAUGUCAUUCGAAGGAGGUGGUUAGGAUAAAGCGAGCCACCUCUUCCUCAAAAAUGCCCAGUGCCCUGAAUUGUUUUUACAGAAUUGAGCUCUAUUCAUGGUUACCUAUUCCUAGAGUUUGCAAACCAGCUUCAAAUGCUGUUAUAAAGCAGAGUUUCAAAAAAGAAUUUGAAGAUGGUUCAUCAUGCUUGAAAUUAACAUUGGCACACAAAUAAUUUUGCACCAUGAAUAGUAGUGAAACAUGAAGUAGGGUGAAUUCAGCUGGAAGAGAGGAGAAGAAAGCAUAGGAAUUGUACAGAUCAAUGGUUAAGUGAAUUUGCUCAUGCAGAAAUUUUCACAUUUUCAGGGACCUCCCCUUUGCCCUCAGCUUCCUGCCGCAUUCAGCAGUAUCCUCCAGACCUCUGGAGAGGCUUUUGGGAGCUGCUAUGGAGAAAUCAUAUUCUGCCCACCCACUUCCACUUGGAUUUUGUGGCUCCAACCCAAUGGGUGUUGUAUAGCAAAGUAAUUGAGAAAAGGUUCUUCCUGUUCCACUGCUCCUCUCCCUGCACACCUCCCUGAAUCUGCUACAGAGACUUGGGAGAACAGAUUUGAGAGGGUUUGCGAGAAGUGGAAGUCCAUGCAUUGGUGGAACAGUUCAUUGGAUACAACCUCAUUUCUGCACUGGCUUGGACUUUGUAAAAUAAGGAUUUCUUCUGUAAAUGUUGUCAAAAAAGAAAUAGAGUCCUAGACCGAGGACAGCAACAGUAUGAUAUGAUUUCAUGUUAUUCUCUUUGAACAUUUAAUAAUUUGUAGGAAUUAAAGAUACUGAUAGAUAUUAGAUGCUCUUGAUAUAUGAAUUGUUUGAACUCAGAGCUUACAAUUUACCCAUCUGUAUCUGGCUAAAGAUUAAAAAUUAAGAAUUAUUCAGGAAAAGCUUCCCUAUUUAAGUUUGCAUGUCCUGUUAUGACAGUGAUAAUCUGUCACUCAAGAUGUGAUGUUUCAGAAUGUGGUUUCAAACAAUUCAAUUACUUAAAUCUCCUGGAAGAUAUAAAGUAGAUAUGUCCUGUAUUAGGUCUGCAAAAUGAUCCCUUUGGAGAACUAAGAAAUACAUUUAACAGCUUGAGAGGUGUCUAGCUAUCUCCUAUUGGCUAGCCUUUUAAAAAAUGCUCAAAAAUUCCCUCUGAAUAAGGGAAUUUCUCAGCACUUUAGAAAGUUUUCAUAAGCUUUGUUUAAAUAUUAUUAACCCAUAUUUAUUUAAUAAAAUUAACUUGGUAGCAGGCAAUAUAAAAGCCAUUUAUCCUAAAAGAAACGUAGUAGACUCUAUAACAGCAUUUCCCCCAAAAAAUCAAUUUUUAUUUUUUAAUAGGAGCUAUUCCAAUAAUCCGAUGUUCAAGGGGAACAGCAGCAGAAAUGGUGGCAGUGGUGAGUUGUGAAAUAUCCCAACUGAAUUAAUUUUUGAAAUAUGUAUGACAGGCAUCAUGAAGGGAGAAUCACUGUUUAACUGAAAGCCGAACAGCAGACAGACAAUUGUUUUUACUGAGCUAUAUCACAGAGGAGACAGAACGGUCAGUGUAACUUUACAUUGUCAUGGUAACUCCACUUGUGUGUCCCAAGCUAAACAGACACAAUCUAAGAAUGUUUUUAUCCACUGCAAUUCUUAGGAAGACAUGUGCAGUAGAAUUUCUGGGUUUGGACAUAGCAUUAAGCUAUGGUUUAGUGCUACAUAAACCAGCCUUAGGCUUGUGCACUCUGUGCACGAUUUAAGAAGUAUGCAAACUCUGGGCAUAAUUAUUUUCCCUCCCAUUGGUUCCAGUGGGAGGGAAUAGUUUUAAAAGGCCUUAUCAGGAAAAUCUGCUCAACCAGCUCCUGCUAAUGGUAAGCCAGCAGAGGUUAGGUUGAUGUGGUGGUUUCUCCAUCAUGGAGUAUUCCACCACCUUUGAGUACUUCCCAUGUCUUGGAUUGUAUGUUGUUCUUGGCUAGCUGCCUCUUAACUGACCUGGGUAUGCGGUGCCCCCUUGCUUCUAGGUGCAUGUGUCUUAUGUGUCUUUGAUUACAUCCUGGCAUGCGCUCCUGUAGUCUAGGAAGGAAAGCUAGUGGCAUAUGAAAGUGUUGUCUCUUCAGACAAGGUUGAGGAUAUGGAAAGAACUCUAAAUUAUAUUGAGUUCUUUGUAAGAUAGAGCUUCUUUAUUGGUCCAGCAUAACCCUAUGCAUGUGUACUUAGACACAAGUCCUAUUCAGUUCAGCGGGACUUACUUUCAGUUAAGUGUGCAUAAGAUUGUGGGGUUAGUACUGAGCUUAUGCUAGCUUGCAACAAUAGUGGAAUAUUUUUAAAACAGUAAUACUUGGGAAGGGAGGAGAUAGCUGUGAUGUAAAGUGGAAAGGCCUGUUUGUCCCCUUUUUAAAAAUGGCCCAUAUGUAAUCUGGUGCCUCUCAAGGGCAUGAACUGAGAACACAGUGUAUUUGUACAUGAACUAGGGGUAGUGUACUUAAAAGAUCACCUUAUUCCUUAUACCUGGUCUAAUCUUUGCAAUAUGCCACUCAGGCAUGUCUAGUGGUGACUGGCAGUGUCAAACUGUCCUCAACAGGAAAUAGUGUGGUGCUUUUUGUAUAGAAAAAGCAAUCUGGCACAGUCUGUACUGAGUUUCGGUGCCAACUUAAGACUUUGUUGUUUCAUGAAGCUUUCUUAUGAAAAGAUUUGGAUCGCCUUAGUGUUUGGAUGGGAGAUAAUAUCAGAACCCUGUGUACACUUCCAAGAGUUCCAUGAAAGAAUAAAGGCAGAAUGUAGAUGAACUUAAAUUGUUUUGGAGGGAGUGUAUGAACACUCAGCCUUCAAAGACGGUAACACAUGAAAAAGAAAAGAUUGCAGAAUGGUGUAGCAUUGCUAUGCAAUAAAAGUGACACCAAAGGUGUCUAUGCUGUUCACAUAGUCAUCACAAUAACAAUGGAAGUGUUAGCUAAGUGGGACAUCUAAUGUAACCAUUAUCACAAAAUUUUGAUGGCUCAUAGGAAAAUGACAUUUCUCUAUGAGCAUGCAGGAGCCCUUCAGUAAACAAUGGGUUCAGUCCCAUCCAAAGACAGGCAGGAAUAAUAAAAUGAAAGAGUUUAGCAGCCACCCCUCAUAUUGGCUCCAGUUCCUUUCCCUGCCUUGCUUGGAAUAGGUUAGUUUAUCUCAGCCUGGGCAUUCAAGAUUCCUUCUGGGGGGAAAACAAGAACAAAUAAGAUUAGCUGUGCAAAAGAAACAGUACAGGAAAUCUGAUGUCUGAUUUUACCACAGUGACACAUGCCUUUGUUACAUCCUGUUUGUCUUGUUCCACCUUAGCAAAGCUUUCAACAUCUAUUGUAGUGGCUUAUGAGAUCCAACAUAUCCCUCACCUUUAAACACCACAGUUCAGCUCAUUCCACCAGGACUUCAGCAGCAUUUGCUGCUCACUCUGCUAAUGGUUCUGUUUUGGAGAUUUGUAGCACAGUUACCUGGUUUAUGAUGAGUAGCUUGAGCACAUCCCAUUGUUUACUGAAGGGCUCUCACAGAGCACAAACCAUUGAAUAAUGUGAAUGCUGCUUCUGGGGACACACACAAGACCUUGUGACCAAUCCUUGUGGUUGAGUGGCACCCAGUUUUCUAUUUGACCUUGCCUUUUCAGUUGGCUCCUUUUUAUAUCAGCAAUUUCACCAACAUUUGAACUUGUCAGACAUCCUCUUUGUGUCAUGCCUUUUCAUAGUUUUUUCUUCUUCUCCUGAUUACGAUUCUUCUUGAAUUUCCUCUUGGUUUUGUCUCCCGGUUUUCACUUCCUUAAGGUCUGCAAGAACUUGGCAACAGGGCAGGAACUGGAGGCAGGAUGUGAGGGUUGGCUGCUAAGCUUUUACUUUCAUGACCUUACCCCUGUCUAUGUCUGGGUAGUGGAUCUUUAGCCAGUGUUUACUGAGCCCAUUGUCUCCCUCACAUUCCCAAAAGGAGCAUUCACAGUAAGUUUAAAAUGCUCCAUUCUCAAGUUUGGAUCUUUCAGCUUUCCUUGAUUAUUGAGAUAUUUAUACCCCACCUUUUCAAUUCCAGAAGGUAAUCUCAAGCUGGUUAUCUCUCUACCGUUAUCUCAUCAUGGACCACUUUCUCAUUAUUUUAAUCUUCGUCCUCAUAUAGGCUGUGGGGAAAUUGACAGGUUCAUUCUGUUAUAUUUAGCUAUAUUUAUGGAUAUAUGGGGAUGCAGGUGGCGCUGUGGGUUAAACACAGAGCCUAGGACUUGCCGGUCAGAAGGUUGGUGGUUCGAAUCCCCACGACGGGGUGAGCUCCCAUUGCUCGGUCCCUGCUCCUGCCAACCUAGCAGUUUGAAAGCACGUCAAAGUACAAGUAGAUAAAUGGGUACCGCUCUGGCGGGAAGGUAAACGGUGUUUCUGUGCACUGCUCUGGUUCGCCAGAAGUGGCUUAGUCAUGCUGGCCACAUGACCCGGAAGCUGUACGCUGGCUCCCUCGGCCAAUAAAGCGAGAUGAGCGCCGCAACCCCAGAGUCGGUCACAACUGGGCCUAAUGGUCAGGGGUCCCUUUACCUUUACCUUUAUGGAUAUAUGAAAGCUCUGAUAAAUCUUUUUCAGAAAUUAGAUAAGAAACUCCGGGAGAACCUCAGAGAUGCCAGAAACAGCCUUUUCACAGGUGACACACUUGGAGCUGGACAAUUCAGGUAUCAACAUCUACUUGUAUUUUUCAGCAGCCCUUUUUAAAGUCCUAUAUGUAUUCAUGCUUUGCAGAUUUGCAGCAUGUCAUUGCUUUUCAUCUGCUUAGCUGGAAGAUAUAGCAAUAUUGGGAUUUAAAAUCCUAAGGAGAGAAAAACAUUCUACAUGAUUUUAAAAUAAUGGAAUGAUUUUUAAAUGGGGAAACCAAGCCAGAUGGGCAGGGUAUAAAUAAAUUAUUAUUAUUAUUAUUAUUAUUAUUAUUUAGCAGGUGGCAAAAUGCUUCAUAUUUCGUAACUAUUUUGCAGGGUUUGGCAAUGAAUUUGGCCACAGAAAUAUUCCAAAUAUAUUUCAGGUUAUUAACUUUAAUAUUUUUAUUUAGUUUCCAGAGACCUCUCUUAGUACUUGUUGACAGAAACAUUGAUUUGGCAACUCCUCUACACCAUACUUGGACCUACCAAGCCUUAGUGCACGAUGUACUGGUAAGAAACUUGUUUUUUGUGACUGUAUAUUCUUUGUUUAUUAUUAUUACCAGCUCAAUAAUGUAAAACUUUGGUUCAGUGCUUGCCUUAAGACAGGAAUGGGGAAAUUGUUUCUCUCCAGAUAGCAUUGGAUGACAACUCCCAUCAUCCCUGACCAUCAGUUAUGCUAGCUAGAACUGAUGGGAGUUUGAGUAACAACAUCUGUAGAGCCACAGAUUCCCCAUCCAUGGCUGGUAAAACUGCCUAAAAACCCAUUUCUUUCCACAUAAAGGAAAACAGAAAUCCUUACAUGUGCAAAACAGCUGUUAGUUUGAACCAUAAUUUCCCUCCCAUUAUAACUGUUUAUGAAUGUAAUUUGAGGCUGUGGUCUGCUGUAGUACAAAUUUGGUUACUACCUAACUUUCACAUAAUGACAGUUGUGCUGUCAAAUUCCUCAAAUUUUGGCUGGACUUCAUAACCAUUCAUUAUUUCUAGUAGUCAGUGAGAUUGGUUUUUCACUUGCUGCUCUACAAGUACAUUGCUUUUGUACUUGCUUUCUGGUGAGGUGGAUUUUAUAUGCGUUGGUUACCAUAUUUGUAGACCACUGAACUUGUGUGAUGUGCAUAGUGGAUGCAGUAAUAACAGUGAGAUGAGAUGAGAUGAGAUGAGAUGAGAGCUAAUAAACUGGAUGAGAGCUAAUAAACUGAAGCUCAAUCUGGAUAAGACUGAGGCACUGUUAAUGGGUGGUUCCUUUAGGCCAGACAGGAAGGUGGCCUGUACUCGAUGAGGUUACAGUACCUCUGAAGAAGAGGGAAUGUGCCUUGUGGAUACGUCUCAAUCCAUUGCUGUUGCUUGAGGCUCAGGUGGCCUAGGUGGUCCAGAGUGCAUUCCAACAGCUUUGGCUGGUAGCCUAGCUGUGCCCCUGUUUGGACAGAGAUAGCUUAACUUCUGUUGGCUAUGCUCUGGUAACCUCUAGGUUAGAUUUUUGCAACGCAUAUGUCGGGCUACUUCUGAAGAUAGUUCGGAAACUUCAGCUGCUGCAGAAUUCAGCGGCCAGGGCGAGACAGUUUGAGCAUAAAACACCAAUCCUGGCCUGACUUCACUGGCUGCCAAUUAAUUUUCCGGGCCCAACUCAAAGUGCUGGUUUUGACCUAUAAAGCCUUAAACGGCUUGGGACCACAAUAACUUAAUAAUUCCUCUCCCCAUAUGGACCUACCCGAACCUGCAAUCGUCAUCUUAGGCCUUUCUUAGUGUGCCUCCUCUGCAAGAGGUCUGGAGGGGAGGUAACACAAGAAUUAGCCUUUUCAGUGGUGGCUUCCCAUUUGUGGAAUGCUAUCCUAGAAGGCUCGCCUGGUGCCUUUGUUACAUAUCUAUAGGAACCAUUCCUCAUUUUCCAGGCCUUUGGCUAAUUAAAAAAUCUAUGGCCUUUUAAACUGUUUUUUUCUAUGUUAUGUGUUUUUGAGUUUUUAUAUUGUAAACAGCCCUGUGAUCCUUAGAGGAAGGGAGGUAUAGAAAUUUAAAUAAAAUAUAGCCAAUAAAUAAAAUAUGGCCAAUACUUAGGAUCAUUUUUACCUGUUGUAACAAAAACUUUUAGUUUACUGUUUGAAUGUUUCAUGAAGUUUGCACAUAUCAGAAUAAUAUUUAGCACUGUUUUAUAAUUCCUAUUCAGUUCAUAACACAACUAUCAACAUUAAACAUUAAAAUGUUAUUCAUCACCACAAGAUGGUGUAGAUGUUCCAUAUUAAGAAACUCAAAGAAUAACAAGACAGUCUUGUGGUUAUAAGUUGCUGUUUUUUAACUAGGAAAAGAAAACCUAAAGAAUUAUGGAUAGCUGUUAACCAGAGCUGAUAUAGCCCUGUUAGACUAUUUUAGGCCUCUACAUCUACAUGUAACUUUAUGCAUCUGAAGGAGACUAGAGUCCACUUACAUAAAUUAUGCCAUAAUAAAUUUAUCAGUCUUUUAAGACUUGACAACUCCCCAUGCUACCAAUCUGGGCAUAUUAACUUUCUUUUUGAAAAAUCCUUCAUUUUUGUUUAUGAACCCAAACCAGAGAUUCCCAAACUGUGGUCCAUGGACCACUAGUGGUCUGCGAGCUUUAUUCAGGUGGUCCAUGGUAUGUUUGUCCAUUUGUGAUUGAAGACAGCAUAUGCAUCACAUUAAACAUUCAUAUUGAUUUUUAAUUGUAUAUUUGCUGCUACUUUUAAUUUAUAAUAUUUUGAUUUGUAUGGUAUUCAAAUUGUAAUACAAUAAAAUAUGGGUGGAAUUCAACAGCAUGUUAUUACAACGCUCCAUCUGCACAGACACUCAUUAUAGUCUUGCCUAUGGAGAAUACUGAUUACAUAUCUUAAUAAAAAUAAACUAUUUCAAGAAAAUGUAUAUUAUGUCUUAAAGCAGGUGGGGGUUCUGAAAUAUGAAAUUGUUUUUAGGAUACAGUUACCUUUGAAAUUCAAAUAAUAGCCACUUCUUAAAAGCAUAUUUCCGGGAAACAUUUUAAAUAGAGUUUAUAGAUGUUUUUCUAACAUUUCUGACAUACAAGUUGAAUUUCAGAAUUAAUACUUCAUAAAGCUAGUAUAAUUUAUUUAGGGGCAUUUUAUCCCUUUUAUAGAAUUUUUAUUUUUGUAAUGGGAAAAAGUUACUGUGAUGGGAUUAUGAGCUGCUUGUGCGUAAAAUCGUAUUCCCUCAGAGUUUGUUCAAGUCCACAAACCUCUGUCUGUGACUGAGCCCCUCUGACAUGGCUCCUCUAGUCACUAGAAGAUUCCGACAGUGGUUGCUUCGUAAUCGCUUCCAACAUAAAAGCUCCUUAACGGAAACACGUCUUCUGGACUCUCUGCGUGACAGUUUCCGGCGAGGAGUGGGUGUCGCUACAGGAGGUCCGGAAACCUCACCACUGUUUUCGCUGGAAGUAUCUCUGAGCCAUCCCCCCAGCUCCCUUUCCCUCAGUUCAGCUUCUCUCCCCUACUGGUUUCCUCUUCCGCUGCUGAGUCUCUUCCAACCUGUCUGAGCCCUUUCACCUCCCUCAGUUCAGCUUCUCUCCCUUGCUGGUUCCCUCUUCAGCUGCUGAAUCUCUUCCAACCUGUCUGAGUCCUUUCACCUCCCUUCCUUCCGAUGGCAGUUCCCUGACAUCCACCUCCCCUCCAGGGCCCCCUUCACCCCCUCUCGCCCUCUCCUCUACGGGCGGUGAGGAGGCAAACCCCGGAAUGAACUUCCUUCAUCUUCCGAUGUCUCGAACACUUCUCUCCACCUGUUGCGGUUCCUGGUCUCAAGCACUCCUCCUCCUCCGAGUCCAUCUCCCUUCCCCUUCCGAUUCUGGGAAUCCUUCCAACUCCUCCUCCUCCUCAGUGGUCCCAAAGCAUUCCUCCGGAACCUCUCCACAGGCUGAGGUUUCACGGGAACCUUUGAUGGAACAUUUCUAUCAAUACCUCGUCAUUGAUAUCUUUGGCCAUUACCCACGUGUUUUCUGACUCCGGUUCUCCUUCCCACGCUACCAAAUACUCCACCUGAUUCCCUUCCACCUGGCAUCAAGGAUUUCUGCCACAUGACUGCUGCAUUCUCUUUCUUCUAUGACCGGUCCCCGAGUGGCCAUCCCUUCUCGUCCCCUCGUACGGUGACAGUAACGACCUGUGAAAUACUGGGUGCAGUUUCAUGUGGUUGGGUAACCGGAGCCUGAAAGCCACUGGGUUGACCUGUUGAAUGACCUCAAAGGGACCCAACCUCCUGGGUCGUAAUUUCUUACAACCUCCUUUGAACGGCAACCCUCGGGUUGACAGCCACACCCUAUCUCCAACCCUUAUGGUUUCACCUUCCCUUCGGUUCUUGUCUGCCUGCCUCUUGUAUUCUUCCUUCGCCCUUUCUAAGUUGAGUUGGAGCUGACGGUGGAUUGCUUCCAUUUCUUCUACAAAAUGCUCGGCUGCCGGUACGCUCCAUCUCUCCCCUUCUUCCCCUGGGAAAGCCCUGGGAUGACACCCAUAAUUAGCCAAGAAGGGGCUCAUCCCUGUGGACACAUUCUCGGCAUUGUUGUAGGCAAAUUCCGCCAGCGCCAACUUUUCUACCCAGUCAUUCUCUCUGUCAUUGACAUAACACCUCAGGUAUUGCUGGAGGACACCGUUUGCUCUUUCCGACUGCCCGUUGGUUUCCAGGGUGCCGGGCAGUCGAAAGUUGACCUCCACCUGCAGUAAGCUCAUGAGCUUCCUCCAGAACCUGGAAGUAAAUUGUUUUCCUCGGUCUGAGACCACCCUCAAUGGCACCCCGUGCAACCUAAAAAUGUGUUCUACAAAUAACUUCGCUGUCUCUUCCGCCGUGACUGCAUGCGAGCAAGCUACAAAGUGGCACAUCUUUGUUAGUAGGUCUACCACCACCAUGAUGGCUGUUUUCCCUUUGGACUUCGGCAGAUCAGUCAUAAAAUCUAUCGACACUGCCUCCCAAGGUCGUUCUGGUGUUGGUAAGGGUUCUAACAGCCCCGCCGGCGCCCGCCUUUCCCCUUUGGCUCGCUGGCACUGCUCGCACCCUCUUACAUACUCACGUACAUCCUCCCUCACCUUAGGCCACCAAAAUUCCCUGGUGACCAACCACAUGGUUUUGUGUUGCCCAAAAUGCCCCGCCGUGGGGCUGUCAUGCAACUGCUUGAGUACCCUCCCCUUAAGUCUCCUUCAGGGAUAUACAGUGCCCCUUUGUAAUACAAAGCUCCAUUUCUUUCCUCGAAACCCCUUGAUUCCUCUCCCUCAUCCCUAAGACCUCUGAGCUUAUUCUGGGCGUAUUCAUCAUUCUCUGUUUCUUCUACCAGUUCUCUUUGUCCCACCAAUGCCGCCCCACACACCCAGCGGUCCUCUGGAAUGACAUGUCUCUCUUCGGGUGCUCGCUCCCCCUCCAAAUAUUCAGGUUUGCGUGAGAGAGCGUCCGCCCUAAUGUUCUCUGGGCCUGGCACGUAACAAAUCUCAAAGUUAAAUGUGGAGAAUUCCUGGGCCCAUCUCACUUGCCGGUGGGUGAGCACUCGUGCCGUCCUCCAAUACUCUAGGUUCUUGUGGUCAGUGCACACUUGCACCUUAUGUUGUGCGCCAAUUAGCAGGUGCCUCCAUCUCCGGAACGCCUCAUGAAUGGCUAGUAGUUCUCGGUCAUACACCGUGUAGUUCCUCUCGGAUUUGUUCAGCUUUCGCGAAAAAAGCACACGGUCUCCACUCUGACUCCUCCUUCCCUGGCUGGAGAAGCACCGCCCCAACCGCUCUGUCUGAUGCGUCAGUUUCCACUCUCAUCGGUUUUUGUAAAUCCACAUGCAGGAGCUGUUGUUCCGAGGCGAAGGCCCUUUUAGUUCCUCAAAUGCUUGCUCCGCCUCCUCCGUCCAAACGAACUUCUUCUUACUGCUGAGACAGUCCGUAAUGGGCGCCGUCAGGUGGGCAAAGUUUGGGAUGAACUUACGAUAGAAGUUCCCAAACCCUAAAAACCUCUGCACAUCCUUCCUUGUUUUGGGUGUUUUCCAUUCCAGUACCGCCUGGACCUUGUCGGGAUCCAUGGCCAACCCCUUGUCAGACAGGCGAUACCCCAGGAAUUCCACCUCCUUGGUAUGAAACUGACACUUCUCCAGUUUCACCCACAGCAGGCUGGCUUGCAGCCUGCUCAACACUUCUCUGACGUCUCUCACAUGCUGCUCCUCAUUCUCAGAAUACACCAACACGUCGUCUAAGAAGGCCACACAAUUCUUGUAAAGCAACGGCCCCAGGACGUGGUUCAUAAACGAUUGAAAUGUUAUGGAGCCUGCUUGUAGACCGAAGGGCAUAACUAAGUAUUCAAAUGCCCCUAAAGGGGUGAACAUGGUGGUUUUCCAUUCAUCCCCCUUCCUUAUUUGUAUCAGGUUGUACGCCCCCCUUAGAUCCAGCUUGGUAAAAAUCUUUCCCUUCCGCACCCUUGUCAAAAUGUCGUCAAUCCUGGGCAUCGGGAAGGCCACUGGUUCUGACACUGCAUUUAAGGCCCUGAAGUCACACACCAGUCUCGGCUUGUUCGUGUUUUUUUGUCCACAAAAACACUGGGCUGCCCCCACCGCCCUGGACUCUCUGAUGAACCCUCUCUUCAGGUUCUUGUCAAUGAACUCUCUUAGCUCCUGCAUCUCUCUGUCUGACAUGGCGUACAGCUUGCCCACAGGGAGCUGUGCCCCAGGGAGCAAAUUGAUUUGACAGUCAAAGGCUCUAUGCGGUGGUAGUUGGUCAGCUUCCCUUCGCUGAAGACGUCGCGGAGAUCUGCGUAUUGUCGUGGUACCUUCACGUUCUCCGUCACUUCAGUCCCUGCUAGAGUGGCUUGGGCCCCUGCCAAAACCCUUCCCUCUUUGCAAUGUUCUAAGCAAUGUGCUGACCCAAAAGAAACCACUCUUUGAUGCCAGCCCACCAGCGGAUCAUGUAACGCUAGCCAGCUCAUCCCCAAUAUAAUGGGAGCUCCUCCCAAGGUGGCCACAUUAAAUGCUAUUAGUUCGGUGUGCCUUGCCACCUUCAUUAUCAUUGGGACGGUCUGCAAGCUGACUUCUCCUCCCAACAGCUCCCUGCCAUCGAUCGUGGUUACCUGCAGGGGUUGCUUAAAGGGAGCGUCUGUAUCUGGUGUUCAGCUGCAAACUCUUUGCUCAUGAAAUUGCAGGAGCUGCCUGAGUCCAACAGCGCCUUUAUCUUUAGAGGGUGUCCGUUUGGCAGCUCUAGUGUCACUUCUAUCACUAGGGCGGGUUUAGGAGGUUCUGGAGUGGGCACUUUCACUGCUCUUUGGCCUGGCUGCUGUGCCCCGACAAUGGCAGCCAGGCGUUGGCUUUUAGUUGCUCCGGUAUUUUUCCUCUCUUCCCUCCACAGCUCCCACCAUCCCUUGCCAUUCCUUCCUCUGGGGGCAGACUCUGGCAAAGUGCCCUGGCUGUUGGCAGAGAUAGCAUUUCCGGGCGCCUUUUCCAUCCUUCUUUCCCCUCACUGGGCUUUGAAACUGCGCGCGCGCGCUGUUCCGAUUUCCAUCGGCUCUGCCGGCGGGACAGUUGACUCUGGAAUGUCUGGAAUGCGGAACUCCGUCCACCGUUCCCCUCCCCUUCCCGCCUCUCCAAUGCUCUCGCCUCCUGGCGCGCUCCUAUGGCCAGCGCUGAUUUGGUCAGCUGGUCCAUAGACUCCGCCCUGGGCGCCCGGGAAAGUUCAUCUUUCACAGCCGAAGAAAGCCCUUCUUCAAAGAGCAUUUGAAUGGGUUCCGCCGAUAAGUCCCACCCCAAUCUGUGUAUCAGCAUGGUGAACUCAGUCCAGUACUCACGUACAGAUCGGCUCCCUGUUUGCAAGCCAUUAACUGUCUGCGCACCACUCCCUUUUCAAUAUCGCUGGAAAACAUCAGAUCCAUGGCGCGAAAGAACUUCAUUGUGUCCUUUAGGACGUCACUAUGCGCUGCCAUCAGGGGUCUCACCCAGUCUCUCGCCCCUUUUCAAGAUGCCCAAUCACAAAAGCCACUCGUGAUUCCUCAUCAGGGAAAUCAUCAAACUGCAGAUUGAGGGCAUAUUGCAUUUCUGUCCGAAAGCUAUGAUAGUCUUUGGGCUCCCCCCCAAAUUUCUGCACCAAUCCUGGUACCUUUCUGGCGAGCUGGGUGGCUUUCUCCCUUUUGUCUGCAUCUUGAGCCCUCCUCUCCUCCAGCCUCGCCGUCUGCAGCGCCAGCUGGACCUCCAACACCCGGUACCUUUCUUCCAGGCUUGGACCCGCUCCAGCCCCUGCUUCUCCGGUUCCUGCUGGGUUGCUCAUUAUGCCUUCUCCUGCACAAGCUGCGUUCAGAGACUGUCGGAAUGCUGUGAUGGGAUUAUGAGCUGCUUGUGCGUAAAAUCGUAUUCCCUCAGAGUUUGUUCAAGUCCACAAACCUCUGUCUGUGACUGAGCCCCUCUGACAUGGCUCCUCUAGUCACUAGAAGAUUCCGACAGUGGUUGCUUUCGUAAUCGCUUCCAACAUAAAAGCUCCUUAACGGAAACACGUCUUCUGGACUCUCUGCGUGACAGUUUCCGGCGAGGAGUGGGUGUCGCUACAGGAGGUCCGGAAACCUCACCACUGUUUCGCUGGAAGUAUCUCUGAGCCAUCCCCCCAGCUCCCUUUCCCUCAGUUCAGCUUCUCUCCCCCUACUGGUUUCCUCUUCCGCUGCUAAGUCUCUUCCAACCUGUCUGAGCCCUUUCACCUCCCUCAGUUCAGCUUCUCUCCCCUUGCUGGUUCCCUCUUCAGCUGCUGAAUCUCUUCCAACCUGUCUGAGUCCUUUCACCUCCCUUCCUUCCGAUGGCAGUUCCCUGACAGUUACAUAAGUUUUUUCUUCUUUAUGUAAAUCAAUGUUCAGUUUUCUCUUGGCUGAUGCACUCAAGGGAGAUUGUGGCAUGCUGAACCAAAUGCCAUUCCAGCUACAUAUUUAUAGCAAUUCAUCUGUUUAGGUAAUAACUGUACCAUUGCUGCUUAUAAACAGGUUGAUCUGUGGAGAAUUGCAUUACUCUUUUCAUUGGGAGUCAGAAAGUUGUGUUCUGUGAAAGUACAGAAAAUAUUUUUCUUCUCCUGAGUGGGGUAGACAUUUCCCCAUAAUUCACAUUAAUAUCUUUCAGUUCUUUACUAGAGGAGUCAAGCAAAGCAAAGAGUAGGCUUGGCGCUCUCCUACCCAACUCUUUUCUCUCUUUUUCUCCCCACCCCUCCCAUGGCAGUAUCGGUCUGUUAGAUCCUCUUUCUGUUCUUAUGAACUGAGUAGUCCAUGGGACAUCUUCAUCUCCCCCAUUUCAUCCCUACCACCUGAAGCGUUGGAGUCUGUUCUUCCUACACCGAUGCAAAAGUUUUACCAUAUUUUUGGUUGGGAAAAUAGAUAUAAAUGGAGCUGAAGUAUAAUAAUGCCAGUCAGUAUAAGGAGAAAAUGCUUGGAAAAUUGCAGUAUCUUCCCAUUUGCUGUUGAAUUAAAGCCAUUGAAGAGCCAAAUUUGGUGGCUAGGUUGCUCACCGGGGCAAGACUAUUUGAGCAUAUAAUGCCAGUCCUGGUUUGGCUGCCACUUAGUUUCCAGAUCCAAUUCAAAGUGCUGGUUUUGACCUAUAACGAGUUAAAUGACUCAGGACCACAAUACCUGAAGCUAUGGCAACAUGAGAAUGGACCUUCUCUGUAGUGGCAUGUUUUCUCCUGCUCUGGAGAGUAAGAUUCAAACCAAUGGCUUCAAGUUAGGAGCCAUUCCGACUAAACAACAGAUAAAACUUUCUGACAGUAAGAGCUGUUUGAAAGUGGAACGGUCUCCCUCAGGAGGUUGUGGACUCUCCUUUCUUGGAGGUUUUUAAGCAAAGGAUGGAUGGCCAUAGAUGCUUUAGUUGUGAUUUCUGCAUUGCAUGGAGUUAAACUAGAUGACCUUGGUGUUCCUUCCAGCUCUACAAUUCUAUGCUAUUAUUUGAACACAAUCAUAUGCCAGUGUGAAAUACUUAUUAUAGUUGUGUGUAGUGCUUAAUAUAAUGUGUGACUCUUCCAUUUUGACUUUUUCCUAGGCAGAGAAAAAGAACAGUAAGGACAGUUACUAACUUUUAGCCAUCUUUUUUAAAGUAAAAAACAAUUACAGAGAGUUGCACUGGUAGCUGCAGCUUCUAGGCGGGAGAUGCCAUUUUUAAUUCUCCAAACACCAACUGUGUGAGGAAAUGUGGGGUGUAAAUGCAUUGAAUAAUAAUAAUAAUCCAGAGGUGCCUUUCAUUUGUGUUGCCUGAAAUGGUUCCAGGAAUGAGAGGAGAUAGAUAUGGGCAAAAUUAAAGAACUCCCUUUGUCUCUCUUUUCUCUAUCCCAUCUCCAAGCUGUUCUUCAUACAAUGCAGACUCCAGUUCAGAGGAUGAGAGGGUAAUCCACAGCAAGGAAAAAAGAGAACCUUAUUUUCUCUCACUUUCAAUGUAUAUUUUCUUCCAUCCCCACCCCUCCCAUUUCCCAGGUUGUCUUGGAUUGCCUGGGCAUUCUCAGAACAAAAGAGGAAGGAGGCAAAUUAAAAAGCGUCUGAAUGUUUUGCAGAAACAUAGCCAAAUAAUGUUUUGUAAUAUUCAGAAGUUGCAACAGUUGCCCAAUGGAAAAAGCCAAUAAUAAUAAUAAUAUCUAUUCUUAAGCUUUUGUACAAAGAGUAGACUACAAGUAAACUAGCACAAUUUGAGGCAGCGUUUAAAAUGUCAUAUUUAAUAGAAAGAAUAUGAGAUUUCAUUUGCUCUGCAUAUUCAGAAUCACAUUCAACAGUUGCCCUUUUUAUAAUCCCAUUUUGAAUUAGGAAUAUUCUGCUUUCCAUUGUGGGGCAGCAGGCAAAAAUGUUUAAUCCAUAUAAUUUUCUUUAAAGGAUUUUCAUUUGAACAGAGUUGUUUUGGAAGAGUCUUCAGGAAUGGAAAAUUCCCCAGCAGGUGCUAGACCAAAGAAAAAAAAUAAAAAGUCAUAUGAUUUAACUGUAGCUGAUAAAUUUUGGCAGAAGCAUAAAGGAAGGUAAGUUGGAUAUUUUAAAUUAACUACUUCUGCUUCAAGGUCUAUUACUAACUAGGGGCUUUGCCCCUGCUCACUCCACUUACCAAUCUCUCUGCCAUUCCCCACCACACCAAACCCCUUCCCACCUCAUGCCACUACGGAGAUCACUGUUCACCUUCCUAACCCCAUUUCCAAAGCCACGUCUCUCUUCUUCAGGCUUGCUUUGCACUCAUUUUCACCUUCACCCCAACUUCCUUUUGUUCAACUCUCCUUGAAUACAAAUAACCCCCAUAGUAACCUCUUGCAUCUUUCUCAUCCCACACAUUGCAACUACUAAGCAGCCUUUUCACCUUCUGCCUGUCUAUGAAGCCACCCCCUUCUAUUCUACAGACCCUUUCAUGCCCCUGCUUCAAUCCCAUUCCUCUUAUUCCCUCCUUUUUAACCCCCUUUGCACCUCCUCCACCCUCCUCUCCCUUGCACACAGACCACUCCCAUUUUCAUGCCUCCUCCUCUCUCCAGUUUUGCAGCCUUCUUUACACAACAUGAUGAUAUAUGUUACUCUAUAUUUAAGAUGAAUAAAAUCUUAACAGCAAAUCUGUCAGUUAGCUUAUUCAGUUACAGAAGACUAAGGUCACUUGAUGGGUGUUACACAUAGAUUGGUGUUUGCUUGUUAAUAAAAUAUCUUCUAAAUUACUACAUUGAAUCUAGAACGUCAUAUCGAAGACAACACAGGGUACGAGAAGUGAAAUACAUAAUUGUGGGAAGUUACUAUGAAAUGUUUGAAGGCUUCACAUUGUUUAUCUCUCUCACAUGAAGCAGCUGAGGAAUAGCAGAAGAAGAGGUUUAAAACAGCCAAUUUUCAGUGUCCUUCUUGCUGGACUCCUCAAACAAUGGCAGAAGUUAGGCAGAGGGACACUGAGAAGAAAAUUGAGGUUUGAGUAAAGCAGGGAUGGAGAGACAGUGAGGGUUCGUUUAAAAAAAAAACAGUUUUAACAAGGAGAAAAGAGAAGGGUACUGAGUUACUGUGUGCAGCCUCAGAUGUGUUUGCGAUGAAGGGUUGGUGGGCUGAAUGAAAGUGAAUAAAGGACUAUGGAAGCCGGGGUUUUUACAGACUGUGUUAAUUUAAAGUGUAGAUUUAAACAGUGCCUACAUAAUCUCUUUAGCCCUUUCCCAGAGGUAGCUGAGUCGGUUCAGCAAGAGCUAGAAACUUACAGAGCUCAGGAAGAUGAAGUCAAGAGGCUUAAAAGUAUAAUGGUAAGAUUUGCUUAUAUCUAACUUAAAAUAUUAUUCUUGGAAUUUAUACAGUGCUUUAAAAUGUUGACAUUCAAGAAAUGUACUGGGUGUUUCCAGGAAGUAAAUGCACAGGAAGGGGGAGUUGGGAGGACUUGAGAGGCACUGCAGCACAGCCCUAUUAGGACUGGAGUUUAAACCUCUAACAAGGUUGCACUUUUAAGAGAUGCAUGGAAAACAACUCCUGCAACCAAGCUUGUGCCAGAUGUAUUGCUCUGCUUUCAUUUGGACCACAUCAGCGGGGCUGAGAGGGGGGGGUCGUCUCAUCUGGGCAGCCCAGGCCCUCCAUACACACUGUCCAGGCUUGUACCCCAAAGAAAUCCCUUCGGUGCUGGAGGAGACAGGAGGCAGCAGUUACAUGUUACUGGUCUCUGCAGCCCCCAGCAGGUGCUGGUAUUCUCCAGUGGUUUGACUUCAUCCCUGUAGGCACACUGUAUCUUUUGAUGCAGACAGCUGCCAACAACACUAGGAAAGCAGUGAACAAUAUCUCUAUAUUUUGAGGUAAUUUUAAGGUCUGGCAGAGGGCUUGUUGGAAGUCUGCAUUCACCCAUUGUGUUGGUAAUCAUAUUUUAGGGAGCCAUUCACAGAAGAGACUUGAAAAUUUUUCAGUAUUUUCAAUCCUUUUUUGUGAUUUUUGUGAACUGCUUUGAAAUUAUUUUUCCAGUUAAGUGAUAUAUAAAUUCUAUGAAACAAAUAUAUAAACCAGUAGACCUAGAUUUAUCUUUCUUCAAAACCUGUGUAAAAUUGAAUUGUGGUUCUUCUGUUAUAAAGUUCAAUAUUUCAACUGGAUUUUCACCAUAUUUUUGUUCUUCAAGUAUAUAUGGUGGUUGUUUUUUUGAAAUUAUUUUUCUUCCCAGGGACUAGAAGGUGAAGAUGAAGGAGCAAUAAGUAUGCUUUCUGAUAACACAGCUAAGCUAACUUCAGCUGUUAGGUAAGCAAUAUUACUGAAGCAUUCUUAAGUGCUUGCAAAAGACAUUUAAUCGGUUUUCUUUCUUAUUCAGUUUUAAGGAUACUUGACUGACUCUCCAGAGUAUGUUCCAUAGUAGAAGCAUAACACUGUGACACACUAGUGUACCCCAAUGAUAUAAGAUAACAUUGGUGCCAAAUUAUAGGCUGGGAAGAUUAGGAAGUCUGAUUAUUGAAAUCAUACCACUACAGAUUACAUCUUGUAACAUUUGCUGAGGGGCAGAGAAAUAGGAUUUACAUAUCCAGUAUCCUGAUCCUGUGCUAGAGCUGGGUGAUAUUUCGAUUCUUUGUCUGAAACUGGUACGAAGUUCAGAUUGUGAUAUCGGUUUCAGACUUUUUGAGGCUGCCAUGCAUCGCAGCUCCCUGGCCACUGCCAGCACAGCGCAUUUCACUCCCAUCUGUCUGCCUGCCUGCGCUGUGCUGGCAGUGGCCAGGGAGCCUCAAUGUAUGGCCCGCUGAAAUUGCCUGUUCUGCCUGCCUGCCUGCCUGCCUGCCUGCCUGUGUGUUUGCCUUCACCCGAGCAAGCUGCCAUAUCUCUUCUCUGGUGGUACUGUUAUUGUUGGCUUGCUUCCCAAGUGACCAAAGGCCUCAGAUAUCACAGGUGCGUGUUUAUAGGUGGAGACUCCUAGAGGCAUUUAAAACUUUUCAGUGGCUGGUGAUUCCAGUCAAGUUCCUCCCCACCCACUGUCCCCAAGUCACAUACUUGGGAACUCUUAUCACAGAGCCAGUGAGUAGAGCAAGGUAGGGCCUAAGGCAGCCUUUCCCAGCCUGGUUCCCCCUGACAUUUUGGACUACAAUUCUGUCCUUCGUGAUGUCAUGUCGGCUGAGGUUGAUGGGAGUUGUCAUCCAAAACAUCUGUAGAAUACCAGGCUGGAAAAGGCUGGUGGUCUAAAGUGUGUCUUGGCACAGAGAACCUAAACUUGUUUUGGAUAUCCAUUUCCUGUAUCUCAGAAGCUGCUGAUUUGAGCAUACUACUGUCUCUCAAAAGUAUUAUCUUGUUCCCUUAUAUGUAUAUCAUAUUUUGGGUUGCUAAAUAUGGAGUUGAAUUGGACUACAUAGUGCGGACAGUUAGUUUGUAUGUAAUUUCUUCAGCUCUCUUCCAGAGCUUCUAGAAAAGAAGAGGCUCAUAGAUCUUCAUACAAAUGUGGCAACAGCUGUUCUGGAACACAUAAAGGUAUGGAAAAUAGAGUUAUUUGAAGCUCAUUAAUCAUGAAGCUUUCUAACAUACUAAAUAUUCUGAAAUCAGUGUUCUUCUGUAAAACAUUUGCAAUAACUUCAUUUUUAGAAGAAGGAACAAGUAAGUUAACAGCAAAAAGAACAAGAAAGAUACUAUCUAUCACAAUUAAAUUAAAAUGCCAGACAAAAAUUAACAUUUUUGCAGAGUGCUUAAGCGAACCACUGAAAUGAUCUGCUAUGCUUCCUUUGGGGAAGGGGCUAUUCCUAUAGCUGUGGUGCUGCCACUGAUGAAGCCUUAUUAUGAGCAAGGGAAGGAAACUGGGAGAGCAGAAAUUUUUGAUGGGAAGAGAGACAGUAGAUAAUAGCUGUUAUAGUGAACAAUUGCUUGAGCUGGAUUCAUCCUAAGUGCCUUGAGCGAGGAGUGUCAUUCUGCUUGUAUGUACUUGUCAGUAUCAAGUAUUGCAGUCUACAUGGAUAGGCAAUGAUGUUCCACUUCCUCGCUGUGCAAACUUAACCAUAGUUGUCUGUGUCAUGGAGGGUGUCGGUUCCCCAAUUCCUCGCUCCAGGCUACUCAUCAGUUACACGCAGGCACUGAGCGGGUUACCAGGCUUUAUUGGCUUCUUCCUUGGCAAAAGUUACAGGGCAUCAAACAACAAAUCUAAUAAACGGCAUGUUCUCUCCUGCUCCCGGCAGGUUAACUCAAUGAUUUAUAGGGGCUGGGGGAUGCAGGCAACCAGCCAGCCCCAUCACAUGCUCCCACUUUGGGAGACGAAUUGUUACCACCUGCCUAAGGGGCCCCACCCAGCAGUACUUGCUCGCAGGAUCACCACUUCAUGACAGUCUGAAUCAUUAGCAGCUACUACCAUCAUCUCCAGCAUUUUUGAGAACUGGUGCAGUUUGGAAGCCAAUAGCAUAAACAGUAGACUAAUGCAAAUUUGCCAUCAGCCACAAACACUCUACAUGAAUUUAGGCAAAGUACUAUCGCUCAUCUUCAAUCUGGAGCUAAAAAUAUGAGUACAGUCAUACCUUGGGUUACAGAUGCUUCAGGUUGUGCAUUUUCGGGUUGUGAACUGCACCGAACCCGGAAGUACCGGAAUGGGUUACUUCUGGUUUUCGGUGCAUGCGCAGACGCGCCAAAUCGCAACCCGUGCAUGCACAGACACGGCGCUGUGGGUUGCGGAUGCUGGGGGUUGCGAAAGUGCCUCCCACACAGAUCACGUUCGCAACCCGAGCGUCCACUGUACUGUAAAAUGAAGUUUGUUUUCUCAGGACUCUGAAGGGAUACAUUAGUUCCAUUUUGGAAUCCUGGUUCUAUUAUUUAAAGCAGGGGUCAUUCUUUGGGUGGAAAAACAUAGCCAGUUUUAAAGUUCUAGCCUUCAUUUUUUCAUAGAGAAUAUCAUUGUGUUGUCAAUUUAUAGGCUACAUUUUUGGAAUGUACAGUGUUAACAAAAAUUGAAACAGCUACAGCAUCUCAUGUUUGAUAAAAAUGAAUAAGAAACUUAUUUUUAUCUUAUUCAGAAAUGAUCUUAGACUCAAGCUAGUAUUCUGCCAGAUCAUAUUCUCAUCUUACGAACAAAAAAAGAGAGGAAAAGGUUUAAGCAGAAGGCCAUGCCUGUAUAUCAUGCUGCUAUUAGGAGAACAACUACACUAUCAGAAAUAGCUAACCCAAGCAAUUUUUAUCCACUGCUUUCCUUUUAAAAAGCUUAUUGGUUCCUGAUAAUAACUUCACAAAGAAUAAUUUACGUCGGUUGAAUUUUGAAAAUUUGUGAUCGCCAGCUGCCCAGUCUAUGUAACCUAAAACAAUACCAUGGAUGAAUACCCACCUUCAGCAAUGCACCUAAUUAGUGUAAUUUUAAUUGAAAGAAUUUUUAUUAUUUACACACUAUUUCCCCUCCUCUGGAUUUGACAGCAAUAUCACUUUUUUCUGCAGUGUUUGACAUGGAACAUUUUAUGAAAGCUUUAUGAGUUCUGAAUAAUAGUGCAGUAUUUCCAUAGAAUUUGAUUGAAGUCAAAUGUGCAGUGGGUGACGUUGAGUCCUUAUUUGAUGCCUUAUUUGUCACCUUUUUUUUCUGGGAAAGUGGUGGCAGGUCAUUGACAGCAGCAUUUUACACUGGACUUCGAUCAAAUUCCAAGGCAGGAUGUGGUUUGGAAAUAAUUGCAUGGUUGACUAUCUCCCACUUCCAAGGCACAGAAAUCUGAUGUCCUUUCUGAAGUGGAUGCUUUUGACACUGCAGAGGUAGAAUAAAUUAUUAGUGUGUCCCCUUUCUGUCUCAAGAUGGGAGAUUAUUAAAGAAAAAUAAAAGACAGAUCUAUCAUCGAACUCAGGGCAGUCCAACUUUUCAUACCAAGUGGGCCGCAAGAGCACUUAAGCAUGGAACCUGCGGGCCUUGUCGUGCCAAGGGGGAGGAGAAGGCCAAAAUUUGACCUCCCCUCCCCUAGCCCUCAUGCUGCCUUCCCAAAGCUGGAGGCACUGGGCGUUGGGAAGGAGGCACAAGGCUCUGAUGGUAAAAACCCUUUAGUAUAAAGUAUUUGGAUUAGACUAUGUCUUAAGAUUGCACAUAUAUGUGCACGCAUGCACACACACACACACAUACCUUUUGACGUCAGUGUAGUUUAGAGAAGAGUAAUUGGGCACAGAGUUGCAGUUAAAGAUUUACAAAGACUUAUUUAAAGGGUGUUACUUCGUACAGUGUAGUAUUACCUGAUCUGAUCAUUUGUACCUUAUCUGAGAAGUAAUUUUAAAGUCAUACUAUGUGUAAUAGUGGUAUUUUUAGAUUCAGUUUACAGCUGCUUUCCACAUUGCGUUAGAUCAUUUUCGAAGGCACAGCAAGAGGAACUGUGAGAUUAAUCACCAGCUCAUGGAACCUGGCAGUUUUUUGGCAUAUUUCAGUGUUGAGCAAAAAUUCUGGAAAGAACACACCAGUAUUUCCCAGGAUGGAUUAGCAAAUAUUUAUUGGUAAAGCUUAGAAGAAAAGAAACCUUGUUUUAGGUUAAUUGUUUAAGCUGUUAGGAGUUUGGCAACUAAUAAUCAUAGCCAAAAUAGGGUUUGUUUUUUGUUUUGUUUUGUUUUUAAAAAGGCUGUCAUUUUAUUGGAAACAUUCUUAUACUGCUGUUCUGGGCACCUUUAUGCAUUUUUCUUUCCCACUAGUUUCAGUGAGAGUUAAGCAUUAGCAGUGGGUACAUGGUUGAAGUCUUGGUGUAUAGUAUUUCCUUAUUUUAAUCUAAUUGUGGUUCUGAUUUCUGUUGAAUUUUUUCAUAGAUUUAUAGUAUUUCCAAAAAUAAUAAUGUAGAUAUGUGACUUUUUCUACAAGUUUAUUUUAAGAUAUAAUAGAACAAAUAGUUUGACAGAAGGAUUGUGACUAUUGGCCAAUUACUACUCUAGCAUCAUAGAAUAUGUGAAUGUAGUUAAAGACCUGAAAUAUUUGCAGAACUAUUAGCACCUUCCCCUGUACGGUAGCCAUCAAGUACUUUUUUGCUUUACAGGGGCCUAAGGGCCUUCUAGUAAGUCAUCUUGUUUGUCUGCCUCUUGCAUAGCACUAAACUCUGGGCUACCUUUUUCACAGCUGCCACACACUCAACCAACAUAUUCAUCAAGCUAUCCACUCUGACCCCAAGAUCUCGUUUUGGUCAGUCACCGCCAAUUCAGGCCUCAUAAGAGUAUAUAUAAAAUGAAGAUUUUCUGCCUCAAAAUGCAUCAUUUUGCUUUUGUUUACACCAUUGGUAGGCAAACUAAGGCCCGGGGGCCAGAUCCAGCCCAAUCACCUUUUAAAUCCGGCCUGCAGACAGUUCGGGAAUCAGCAUGUUUUUACAUGAGUAGAAUGUGUGCUUUUAUUUAAAAUGCAUCUCUGGUUUAUUUGUGGGGCCUGCGUAGUGUUUUUACAUGAGUAGAAUGUAUGUACUACUAUAGCAAAGACCCCAGAGCACAGUCUAAAGGCACAUAGUAUAGCAACCUUGCUGAAAAUGAGUACAUUUGAAUCUGAUAAGUGCUUGGUUUUGAGACUACCCCUGGGUACUUCAUGUAUGCUGCUUUGAGUUUCAUGGAAGAAAGGUGGCAUAUAAAUGUUAUAUAAAUACAGGUCUUAAGACAGGUUUGAAUGCUACUUUCUCACUUCUGAUCAUGGGAGGAAGGGAAUGACCAAACUAACAUACUGUGUGGUUAUUUGAAUGUUGGCUCCCCUUAUUCAGACUUUUUUUCUCCCACGGUGGGAAGGAGUGUACAAAUAUGAUUCUGAAACCGGCUUCCAAUCUCUAAUCAUAGGUUAUCCCGGGCUGAGGAAAAUCAGCAUAUGAACAGUUUCAUAUAUUAAAAGUAGCUAAUCAAAUCUACUGCAGUAAUGAUAUUCUAACAACAAAUUUGUUUUUAUUUAAUUUAAAGACACGGAAACUAGAUUUGUAUUUUGAAUAUGAAGAGAAAAUCAUGAGCAAGUCGACCUUGGAUAAAUCACUUUUGGACAUGAUUUCUGAUCCUGAUGGUAAGUAAAAAAAUAAUAAUUUACUAUAAAGUUUCUUUCUGUUCAUAACAUUCUGAGAAUUGUUGCCAUAUAAACAAGCUCAUGCUAUUAAACACUUUCUGCCUGGGAACUUGAAAUACCACUGCCGGUUGGAUAUCAUAUCAUACACAAUAUAUCACCGUAUGUUAUUGUUUGGUAUGUUUAUUCUUUAAAUGUCUUACCUUUUAAAAUUUGGCCAGUCUUCUAAAGUUUGCACAUUCAGCUUACAAACUAAAGUCAAAGGGUAGGCCUCAGGAACUCCUGGUCCAAUUGCUUCAGCAAGUAGAGGAUGCUAGCUAGGGCUAUAAAGAACCCCAGCUAGCUCAGCAUCUUAACCCCAGUAACAAAGCAUCAAGCCAAGGUAACAGGCGAGUUCGGCUGCAGGGUGAGAAGGCUAGGGCAGACUACUUUGCCCUUCUCCUUUGUGAACUAACAAAUUCCCUAGAAAACUAAUUCAAUAGGCUACAAAAACAGAUAGGUUGAAAGACAACAGGGAUGAGCGAUAUCCAGUGUAUUGUACAGAAUGUCACACGUAUUACUAUCUGCCUGCUGGACAGAAGUGGCGGGUGUAUCCUCGAUUGAUGGAUACACUGAGCUCCUGGCCCUCAGGCAACAAGUACCUUUCCUUGAGGCCAAGUAGGCUGAGUUGGAACAACUGAUGGAAAAGUCCUUCAGAGAUGUGAUAGCUGUGUCACACUCCCAGAGUGAUAGCUUUGUCUUGACAAAUCCUCCUCCUCUGAUGGCAACUUCCCAUACUUCAGGCUUAAUAUCAUGCUUCAUGAGUACUCUUUUUAUUUUUUAUUAUAAUUUUUUAUUGGUUUUUAAAAUAAUUUUAUACACAUUUAAUAUAACCAUUUCAAGCAUUCUUUUGAGCCUUCGGACCUUCUUCUCUCUCUCCAUGUAUUCCAUGUUUAAGAUUAAAUUUGCAGCAUCUUUUACCAUUAUCCAUCUGUUAUACUACCAUAAUUAUCCUAAAUCAUUCCACAUUACAAGUGUCAUUGCAUCCCUGCUAAAGAUUUUAACUGUUUACAGUACUCUUUUUUUUUAAAGGCUGCUUAUUUAGUUGUAUAUAAAACAUUUGUUGUAUGUUACUAAACUUAGUUCACUUCAUUGAAACAAUUCAAAGUUUUCCUGCCUAUGAUAUUGUAUACCAAAUUGCUUUUAAUUACACAGAUUAUUAUUAUUAAGAGAGAGAAAAUUAAUUCAGAACUUUUCUUUCCUCAGCGGGAACUGCAGAGGACAAGAUGCGACUGUUUCUUAUAUAUUACAUAAGUUGUGUACAGUGUCCUUCUGAGGUAUGGAUUUUUUAUGAAACGGUCACACAAUUUCAUUAGGAAUCCUUCCCAGUGUUUUGCUCUUACUUGGUAGUAUGCUGUGGCACUGGCUGUAGACAGAGCAUAGAAAAUGCAGGCCUGAGUCAGGUUGACAGACACAUGUUCUUCUGGAGUUUAAAAGUAGGAGAUUUACAAGCUACUGCUAUUUUCACUCCAGUACUAUGUGCAGGCAUUGUUUCACCACUUGCCUCUGUGGGCACAAAGAAACAGAGCAACUUCAGUGUGUUAAGUGUAAAAUUCUUGUCCAUAGAUGCCCUGUCCUGAAAAGUAAAGGUAGGCAACGUUGAGGAUCUCAAUAAAGCGUUUUAUACCACUAAGAAAGAACUCUAUAAAAGUUUACUGCUUGGCAAUGCAGUCCUAAACAUGUUUACUCAUAUGGUCUUUCUAGCUUCCCCAGCCGCCACACUUGAAGCUAAAUUCUGAAACGUUGCCAAAUAUUUGGUCACAACUAACCAAAUUUGUGAGGAGCUUUGGUGUGUUUUCUUGAAAUAAAGAAAUACGUAUUUGGCAGUGACAGGAAAUUGGAAGCAUUUAUUGUAUUUUUUAAUUAUUCUAGAUCACUUCCUAUAAAUAUAUUAUCAGAACAGCUUAAAUAGCUUAAAAUGCAAUAAGUCAAUUAGGAUAAUUAUUAUUUGAGGUGACUAAAGAUAAUCUGUAUUAAAAAUACAGAUUAUUUUUCUAUUUCCACAUGGCCAAGGAGUCUCUGGAUUUGCAUUCAUCAUGAAACAUACCCUGUAAUACAGCAAGGGAAGAGUGUAGCUUUUUUAAUGCUAGCCUUUCUAAAGUGUAUUUCAUAGGAGCUGACUGACACACAGAGUGAGAUCAGGUGCUUCAGCCUGCAGGUGGAGAAUCCUUACUUGAAUGCUUGCUCGUGUUAAAAAAAAUAUUCUGCACAAAGAAGAGUAACAUGUAGGACUCCUCUUUUAUGAUAACUUGGAUCUUAUUUAAUAUGCAUUUUUUAUUUUAAAUUUGAAAAUGCAGUUUACUGCUAAAUUUAGAAGACAUGUAACACAUCUCAAAUCUCCUGUUUGAUUCUAGGCGGAUCUGGAACAAUACAAAAAAGCGUUGACAGAUGCAGGGUGUAAUCUUAGUCCCUUAAACUACAUUAAACAAUGGAAGUAAGUUAUUUUUGUUUUCAUAAAGCAAUGAAAUUAUAUAUUGCAAAAACUUUGAGAGACCUGGAGUUGCAAGAAAAUGUCUACUGUCUGGCUACUGGGCACUUCAUCCUGUCCCUCUUUCCCCUCAAACAAUUCAACAAAAAUGCAUUAGAUACUACCAUGCACACUAAAAACUUAUUCUGCUUCAAAAUAUAGUGCCUCAGAUUCUCACGAUUGUGGAGCAGCAGUCAGAUUCAGCAUCUGCAGUCAUACAUUGUUUAGUACCAUAGUCACAUCUCUAGGGGAGAAGGGUCUUCAUAGUGAUUACCAGAAAUUUUAAAGUAUUAGAAUAUAACAUUUCCAAACCAAACUGGCCUAAGACUUUUAUAGGUUCAGGAUGAUAGCCAGUGUAAUAGAUAAGAUUAUUACAAUUCUUUCUAAAAAAUACCUUUUUUUCUUUUCUUUUUAAGCUAUUCCCUCCUGUCCCCUUUGACCCCUUUGACUUUGAACAUGUAUUGAAAUUAUUUGUUCUGCUUUGAACACAGAAUUUUCUCUAUAAUACUUUCAAAACGGUUUCUUUUUGUGAAUUGUGAAGCUGAAGUAUUUGGGAGGUAGUAAAGUAGGAGACAGGUGUUAUUUGUAGUAUGUGCUUAUUAUUACUCAUGUUGCCUUUCUAAUGUGAAGUAAAGAGCAGUUUCAUCCUCAAAUGCCUAGAAAGGCUAGAUUUUCAAACUUAAUGCUUCUUUCAUGGUAUAAUUGGUAGAUUUAGUAGUGUUCUGAUGAAAAUAAAUUAAGUGUGCAGAUAUUAACUUACUUAUUUCACAGAGCUUUUGCCAAGAUGGCUUCAGCUCCAACUACGUAUGGAAACAGUGCAGCCAAGUCUCUGGGGUAAGUUUCAAAGUACAUUUUGUUACUGCUACUUGAAAAGCCUUGCCUUUUUACUGGGAACAAGUUGAGUGCUGCCUCUGAUCGCUUCUGCCUGUGAGGUUUAACUUCUCUUAGGUUAUUUAUUUAUUUAUUUAUUCAUUUAUUUAAUUUACUGCCCUGGGCUUUCGGUUCCAAAGGACUCCCAAAGUGGUUUACUAUUAGAACAACAAAGAGUGAAACAAAAUUCAAUGAAUAUUAUGUAGCAAUGAAAUUGUAUAAUAUAUGUAAAAGCAACAGAAAAAAAUAAAUUCAAAAGCAGAUUCGUAGUAGCAGUAAUAGUAAUAUUGGUAUGCAGUAUUGCAGUAUUGGUAUGAAUUGGUAUGCUUUGCUGAAGAUUCAGGAUUUCACUGCUUGGCAGUUUCCCACCAGCAACCCUCGUUCUACUCUCUAGAGGCUGUUUCAAUACAGAGCUUCCCAAGCAUUACAUUGGUUAAAGUAGAUGCAAAAUUUAUUUUCCAUACAAAAAACAAAAACAAAAAAAACUAAUAGUCUGAUUGUGUAGAUCCUAAUGGAAUAGAAGAAAAGUGUGGUAAAAUAUUUCACACGCAGGUUUUUUCCUAUUAAUUUUAUUUUUUGUUUUAAAAAUUCAGUUAAAUAAAAUAAAAAAAUGAACAAAGAAACAAAAGGUGCAUUAAAAAAUAAACGAUAUUCAGAUAAAUCGGAAACAGAACAAAAGGGAGUGGUGGCAGUUCUUCAUAUCUUUGAUGCUUAAUUUCUGUUUCUUACCUUCAUAUGGUAUAGUUCACCAUUAUAAUAAUUUUUUUAACACCUGAAAGUACACAAAAUCAUGCUCGAUGUGCUCUUUAUGUUUUAGCCUUUUCUCACGUGUCAUGAAUACAGGAUCCCAGUUUGUGAUGGAAGGAGUCAAGAAUUUCGUGCUAAAGCAACAGGUGCGUUUAACAAUGUAGAUUCUAUGUUGACGAACAUUAAGCAUGUUCAUAUUCUAGUAUUUGAAACCAAUGAUAUUUCACAGUAUAACUAGAAAGCAUGGGUUAGAUUUCUUGGACUGCCAACAAGAAACUUUAAAGAAAAGGGCAAACUGUUUCUUAAGUUGCAUGCAGCUCUUUGGCAUUCAGUAGUUCAUAUGGGACACCUAGAAUUUUAAAGAAAUUGAUAAGCGAUACAAGAAUAAUCUACUACAGUUCCAGAAUAUCUCUGAAGACUUGUCUGUUCCCAUCAGUCUCCAUGCUACUACCUAUUAUUAUAUCGUCUCUUUCUUGACUGUUUCAUAAGGAAGGAGGGUGGCAGAUGAGUUGGGACCCAGUGAGAGCUUUGAAAGGGAAAAAAAAACAGGUGCUUUAAGACAAGCUGCAGGCUAACUGAUUGAAGCUGCUUUUCCCAAUAUUGAGGCUCAAAGUUCAGUGGCUACUAACUUGGGCGCAGUUCCGUCAGUCUUAAUAUCCAGACCGCUUGUGUGCUGUUCCACCUGGUAUGUCCAUUGCUAUUCCAUCAGGGUGAAGGAUGGGUAAUGACCAAAUAAAUAAAUAAAUGCAAUAUCUGAAUCACCUCUCUUUUUUUCUUUUUUACCCUGGGAACAAACACUCAGAUAGUGUGUGCUUAUUUUACUAUGGCAGAGGCAUGUAUAGCAGGCCAACUGUAUUCAUUUUAAAAUGAGGAAGGGCUCCAAUAGCAAUGUGAAAAGUGAUCCAAUUGUGUCUGUGCCUGUUUCUUUCCUAAGCUACAUUGAACAACAAUUUCUGCAAUUUACUUGAAUUAAGUACUCUCUUCUAUAGAAUCUUCCUGUCACCCGCAUUUUAGACAACCUUAUGGAGAUGAAGUCCAAUCCUGUAAGUACAGCAAACAAGCUUGCACAUUAGAUUUUAUUUAUAAAGUCCCUUUACCCUGGCCUUUGAAACCUGAGGUGUGUUUUCCAGAUCCACCCUAUACCUGUGACUAAUUUGUUAACUGCUUUUAAUACUGAAUUGUAAAUUGUUGUAACCCACUCUGGGUUCUGCUAGUGAAGGGUGUGCAUUAAAUUUAAUAAUUUUUUAAAAAUACUGAUAUACACAAUUUUGGUGCCAUGAACUACUACUAAUUUUAACAUUAUAGGAAGAAAUUGUGUUUCAUAUCGUAUCUGUAAAUCUGCAUGUACCACUUUACAGUUUAACAGAAUGAUGAAGCUGACCAAAACAUAAAACUUCAACAAGUAUUUCAGUAUCAUCUCAUUACCUUUCCUUAUUUGUGUGGGUGUAGAUAUACACACAAAUAGGCCACCAAGGUGGUAAAUACUAUAGAAAAACCAACAUCUGUGAGGUUGUAUCAUGAAAAACAGCUCCCAAACACAACUGAGGGCACAUAUUUUGGUGGCCUACGAGAUGAAUCUCUAUAAGAUAAUUCCAUUCAGAAGUUUUUGUACAUUGGUAUGCACAAGAAUAAACUAAAUUUCUGAAAAUUGUUGUGGAUUCAUUUGGGAGGAGGUUUUUUUAAUUCUACAGAUAUAAUCUGGAAAAUAUAGCCUAGUGAGAGUUAUUUCUUCUUCAACCUCCUUGAUAAAAGUAACUGCAAAAGUAGAGACAGAAAAACUGGUGCUAUUUGCCAAUAAAAAUAUUGAGUGUCUUUGAGGGAGGAAAAAAACCUUCAUAUCAUAAUGAUGUCAACAGUAAAAAAAAAAAAUGUCAUGCCUCAUGUUUUCUAAAAACAAACUUAUUUUGCUUUAAUAGUACUAGUAAAUCAUGGGCUGAAAUAAAUUUGACUGGUGCAUCAUUUCAACAUUCAUUGCCAUUUUUGAAAAGAAAGCAGGCAAUCUUGGUUACUAUAUGGGGGGAAAACAUACUGUUGGGGGACCUAGUGUGAGAUCUAAAACUAGUGACAUCUUUAGAUUAAUAUAUUGCUUCAGAGCUAGAACAUAUUACGCAAGUAGUAUAUUUUGAAAAGUUUGGGAGUUGUGAAUUUCCCAUGAGCCACCUCUUCUCACCCACCAGCUGGUAGCAGCUAACAUAGGUAUUUUACCAAUGUGACUGAAUGAAUAUUGGUGGCUGCUAGCAUAUGUGUUUGUUUUUAUGUAUGAAUACUUCUAGAUUUGUAAGUUGGGAAAUGGAUUAAUAGAAGCCACAGUAGUCAAACUUGUGGGACUGAACAUAGCAAUAAAUUGUUACCAAGAUUUCUCUUGUUAAAUAGGAAACAGAUGACUACAGGUAUUUUGACCCUAAGAUGUUGCGUGGCAGUGACAGGUGAGUUUACCAUGCAAUUUUAGUAAGUGUGAUGCCUGCCGUUUGAAAUAUAGUUAAUGUGCAGUCUGUGUAACAUUAAAUAAAAGAGUAAAGAAACCAUUCUCUUAUCUGGAUCCUCCUGUACACAUGCCAAAAUCUGCACUUGGCCCAAGAUUUUGAGGGUUCACAAAGAGGAGAAAAAGAUGAAGUUCUCUUGUCUGAACAGAACUCUACUACAACUCAUGUGUUCUGGGAUGUGCUUUUCUAAUGUUUAAGUUAAAUGUUUAGGUGACCGAGUGCCAUUCUCAUUAACAACCAUCUUGGGCCCUAUGAUCAGCAGAGGAGGCCCUGUUAGUGGACCCACUACUAAGGGUUCCCGGGUUGGCAGUGACCAAUGACAGGGCCUUUGACAUUCCCUCAUUUGUGGAAUGCCCUCCCUAAUAAGAUGUGUCUGUCUUCCUCACUAUGAACUUUUAGGAGAAAUUUUGAAACAUUCCUGUUAACCCAAGCAUUUGAUGGCUGAAAGUUCUGUUCCUGACAACCCUGAAAUGGUUAGUUUGAGAAUAUGCGAUUGAUUUUAGGAGCUUUAAACUUUUUUUAGAAGCUUGAACAGUGGCAAUUUCUGCCUUGUGAACCACUAAAGGUCAACUGAAGUCCUCUAGAGCAGCAGGUUCUCUAAUUGCAUUGUCACCAAAGAGUUAGCCCUUACACAAAUGCCCCGAGCCUGAACCUGGCAAGCAGGAGAAGGAACACAGUCCCACUUAGAGGAAUAUUAAUACCCAGUCACAAACACAUUUUAGGUAAGACCAACGCUCCUGUUUUAUAGUUCAAGGUGUUUAUGAAUAUUGAAUGCUUGAUGUUUAAAAGAUAACUGAGCUUUCAAUAAAGUUUUUAUUUAUUCAUUUCAGCUCAGUUCCAAGAAACAAAAAUCCAUUUCAGGAGGUAAGAACAGAUCGUACUUCUCCAAAUCAGUGGUAUGAACAUUUGCUUUAAAUAUAAUAGAUGUUGGUCACUCCUUACAGAAAAUUGGAUCCCGUUAUAUGAAAUCAUUAGUGUGAUUACAGUUUUGUUAAAUGAUAUUCAGAACUAGUAAGCUCCUUUCAUCUUCAAAGAGUCAAGUAAGCAUAAGCUAAUCUUUUCCAACAUUCUUAACACCCUGGCCUUAAACACAUUUACUUAAGAUAUUAGGAGAAAUUAAUUGUAAAGAAAUGUGUUUAGGUUCUUGGUUGAUGAGCAAUUUAAAAUGUAAAAUGUCACUUCUAAGGAGCAAUGUAAAACGUAACUUCAAAAAAAAUUUCACCAUUUUGCUGAAAGUGGGUACACACUAAAAACACACAUUCUGCACCUUUUUUCUCUCUCCUAACUUUGACCCAGUCCCAGCAUAAUAGCCCUGUGCAGACAAUAUUGCACAAGGGAGAUAUCGGUAUUUGGUUUUAAUGUUGGGAGUAUCAGUUAAAGGUCCUGGUCUGGUCAUUCACUUCUCUGUGUUGGGGAAAAGAGCUGUGAGCAAGCUCAGAGUCUCUUCCCAGUCUUUCCUAGGUACAAUAUUGGAGUUGAUGGUCUUGUUUGAACAGUAACUGGUUUUCCUCUAUAGAGAAUUACACAUGAAGGAAAGCACAUGAAAAACACUAUUGGGAUGCACAAUUCAGAAGCAGUUCUCAAACAGAAAACUGGGUUUCUGACUCCUACUGCUUAUAUAUCUUUCCUACAAAAUCCCUAUUUUUACAGGGAAAUGUUGCUAAGAACAAAAACCAGUUUUGACUUCUCUGAUCAUAUUUUGUAAUAGAAUGUAGAAAUGGUUAAGCUUAAAUAUGUUGAUAUACAGCUCCAAUAUUAUGGUCAAACAGAAUGAAGUUAAUUGAAUAUUACAUCAGCUGUGCGCCUUCACUUCCAGAAGUGUGGGCAUGAGGACAAGGCCUUCUGUGUUGUGGUGCCAAGGUUAUGGAAUGCCCUUUCCAGGGGAGCCCUGCCGGGCUUCUUCUCUGCUCUUCUUCCAGCAGGCAGUAAAAUUGCAGUGUUUUAAAAUGUUAUCUAAUGUAAAUUUUGAUUUAUUGGGGAGUUUUUUUAAUUGGUUAUGGUGGUUAUCAUUUUUUAGAUGAAGUUUACUAUUUUGAUGUUGAUUGAUGUCGAGUAUUUCCCUGAAAUAGAAAAGCAGACUGCAAAUAUUUACGAAAUAAAUAUGAUUCAAUACUUUCCCGUUAAAUGACUAUUUUGUCAUGAAACUGCUAUUUUAAAUUAGAAUUGGAUCAAAUAUAAAUAGUUCAAUGCUCUUAACUGCAAAAAUAAAAUAUCUAAACUCUAUGGCAAAAUAAAUUGUGUGGAUAAUUAGCUGCCUUUGGCAAAAUACAUGAGGCACAAUCUGUCGUUGUGUGAGGACCCUUAGAAACUUACCCUGCCAAAUAAAAUCCACUCUAGAGGGUUCUCCAGCCCUUCAGAGCAGAAUUGAUGGCAUGAAAGAGACUACAAGAAAGGAAGAGAGUUAGGUGAAGUCCCGUUGUGCAAGUGGAAGUCUGUUGUCUUCAAGGGUGGACAGCAUCGGAUGAAGCCCAUGAUUUAUAUGUUUGUAUAUUUAUCUAUUUUUAAUGUGAUGCUGCAUUUCCACUAUAAAAAGUCCCAUAAGGCGUAAAUCAAAACACAUUCUGUCCUGAGAUAAAUAUUAUGAAGGGAAAUAUAUUAAUACCUUAAAUAAAUAAAAAAGUAAUUAAAAUCACAAUAAUAAAUAGCAUCUGUGGUAGUAACUUAACUCAAUAAAAAUAAGUGAGUGUUUAAACUGACGUUUUGUUACUAGAUGGACAUUUUUUGCUUUGGAGAAUUAAAAGAAAAUUUGACUGUUUAUCCACAGUAAUCAUACAUUUUCUAGAACAGGAGUGGCUAAUCUUACAUUGUAAUAAGGGUGACAUUGACCUCAAAAUUUUGAAGAGGCCAGGGAUUCUUCUGUCUUUAUAAACACACAAACACACACACACACACGAGAGAGAGAGAGAGUUCCCGCCGGGCUCUGCAGGCUUGCGGAUAGGUGCUUGCAGCCCGAAGCCCGUGGAGCGCGGCGCUGCGCACCCCGGGCUUAGGGCAGCUAUCUGCAAGCCUGCAGAGUCCGGCGGGAGUUCCUCGCCUUCGCUCCCCGACCCGUUCUGGGGGCUGGGGUCGGGAAGCUUGGGCUUCCCCCGCCCCCCGCCCGUCAAGCUCCGGGAGCGAUGGCGAGGUUGAGCGGGAUCCAUGGCUUCUUUGCUCUUUGGGGCUCGGGGGGGAAAUAAAUUUUUCUCCCCUUAUUCCCCCCCCCCAAAAAAACUAGGUGCGCCCUAUGGUCCGGUGUGCCCUAUAGAGCGAAAAAUACAGUAACUGCACUGCUUCAGGCUGGCAUAGUUAAUGGUCCAAAUUCAGGUCCACAGGAGCAAAGCAACUUUGGAUUUAACAGAUUCAGGACCAAUCCCAGGAUUGAACUCUACAUCCACAGAGCUUUUCCAUGGGCAUACCAAGGUCUCCAUGGCAGGUAGAUCAUUGAGUUAGUGGAUCCACAUUUGUGCCCCAUCUUACCCUCCCCAAAAGGAUUUGGCAGGAUUAUAGGAUUGCUGUGCCCAGAUUUUGAGAUGCAGUCUAAAGGUUUAAACAGCUGAAAAGUUCUGUUUCUACCAUCACAAACCGAGUACUUUCUUGGUACUCGGCUUUUUGAUGCCCUGAAAUUCAUCCAAAUAACACAAAUUCAACUGUUUUAAAAAUAUGACGAAUUUGUAUCUUCUUUCUGUAGCAAGCUUAGAAUGCAGCAGUAGCUACAGAAUAUUAUUUGUUUCAUUUGUUUUUGCAUUGUAGGCAAUUGUGUUUGUAGUUGGAGGAGGCAAUUACAUUGAAUACCAAAACCUUAUUGAUUACGUAAAGGUAUGUUACCACUUUAUGAGUUUCUUUUAUUAUUAUAUCUCUUCUUGCAUUUUUUUGCAUGCCUCUCUGGGGUACACAAGUGGACUUCCUUUUUCAUUUUAAUCACAAGUAUAGACGUGUACACAGAUAUAUGUGCACCAUGCUUCCUCCUCCAUUGAAGUAAAUGGGAAGGCAGCAGCACACACAUGAAAUUAAUACAUCGGGUCAUUUAUAUAAUGGUAAAGUCAGUGAUUUAUUUCUUCAGUUUCUUUAACUUUCUACCGCAAACAAUUACGUUUCUUUGUGGUAUGUUUGAAACACAAGUGAGGGUUGAAAUGCAGAUUCACAAAUUUAUGGUUUUAUUUAUAUUGUUUGUUUUGAAAAUGCUUUGAAAAUGUUUUUAACAGAAAGAUAGGCUAAAUAGGGAAGCCCCGUAUAGGGAAGUUUUUAAUGUUUGAUGUCUUACUGUGUUUUAAUUUGUUGGAAGCCACCCAAAGUGGCUGCGGCUACCCAGUCAGAUGGGCGGCAUAUAAAUAAAUUGUUGUUCUGGUUGUCAAUUGCUUAUAUACAACAAUGGGGGAAAACUGAGCUCUCUUCCUGCUACACUGCAGUUCUUAAAAAAAAACACACACCUCCAUUCUCUGAAGUUGUAGAAUGGCCUUCCUAAUAUAAAAUUGAGCAAUGUUUUGAUUAAAUUUGUGUUGUCUCACAUAGGGCAAGCAAGGUAAACAUGUCUUAUAUGGCUGCAGUGAACUCUUUAAUGCUGCACAGUUUUUAAAACAGGUAAGAAUUUAAAUGAUAAUGCAGUUAUCAUUUUAAAAUAUAAUGCACAAGUCAACUAAAAGUUUUUUUCAACAAGUCUUUUUAUUUCUGGUAUUCAUCGUAAACCCAAGAAAGGCCCAUCAAGUUUGUUGGUUCAUUGCGCUUGGCAAGAUGUUCACUGCUCAUAGAAGUGCUAUAGAGGAAACAAGCUGGCAGGGAGGGAGAGAAUACACACUUUGCAUGCAUACUUCACAGCUAUCUGAGGCAUGUUUUUUUUAAAAUGUGGGGUGAUUCGUCAGCUAGAUUGAAAACAGCAUGCAAGUUUCUCAGAUGUUGCUUUGGGUGGGCCAGCACCAACUCCAUUGAAUUUGCAAAGUCUUUUCCAACCUAUUGGGAAAGUGAACCAGAAACCUGGUGUAAAACAAGCCUCUCAAAUUUGCUUCUACUUACCCUGCUGCUACUUGUUUCCUCAACAGCAGCCUGUUCAUCCUGUGUGAAGGGAGGGCUGUGUGAAGCAGAAAAAACCAGGAACGAGUAAAAGUGGUGUCCCUAUUAAAGUGAUCUUCCCUCCACUAUGUAGCAGUGCUAAAAUAACUUCCUCUCCUGAUGGUCAGAAGGUUUAACAGCUUGGCUUAGUUAGCAUUGCUGGUCAUACUUCCCCUUCCAGAUGUUUUGUGCAUAUUAAAUCUUUUUCUAGUAGUAUUAGAGCAAAGUAAUAUCUGAGUAUUAAGUUUUUAUGUUUUAAACCACGCUGUGAUCUUUGGAAGAAGGGUGGUAUAUAAAUUUAAUUGAUUAUUAUUAUUAUUAUUAUUAUUAUUACAUAACAAGUACCCAUAAUGGAGUUCUUCUGCAAAGACAUGAAAGCAUGAUUCACACCUAUACUGUACUAGGUGUUUAUUUUGGGGUUUCCCCCCUAUGAGCCUUUUGUGGGCACACAGCACCCUACAUGCAGAUGAAUCCCUGUAGGACUUAAAAUAAAUUGGUUUGCCUUCAUCCCAUGGAAAUCUUGGAAAUGGAAGAUCUGACCCAGGCAACUUGUCUAAGUGGAGAGAUGGAGUAUGAUGCGGAGAUGACACACAUCCAGGUCUCCCAUUCAGACAGUUGUGCUGUCUCUUGUCAUGCUCAAGAGAGAAGGGCUGUGUACCCACAGGGAAGAAUCAUUCCUUAACUAAAAAUAUUGCUUUGUUUCAGGAGUGGGGAAUCUAUGGUCCUCCAAAUAUUGCUAUAUAACUCCUAUCAUCCCUGACUAUUGGACAUCCUGUCUAAGGAUGAGAGUCCAGCAACAUCUGCAGAGCCACAGAUUCCUCAACCCUGCUCUAUUUAAUGAAACAUUAUUGAGAAAAUAAAUUAUUUUGAGUCUGAAAAUAUUGCCUACUUUGUUUCUCUUUAGUAAUACAUUAGUACACAAUAUUUGGAUGAAGUCAGUUUUCUCCUUAUAAACUGGAGUAUAAUGGGUAAUCUAACGUUUUUCUUAUCUUUUUAUAUUUAGCUUUCCCAACUUGGACAGAAAUAGGAAAAGAUUAUCUGGCCUUUUGACAAAAUGUGAAGAAAAGAUCAUGGCAACAUGUAACAUCUUAACCUGUGCAUAGUAUUUAAACCUCAAAUGAUCCCUUAAACUGAUAAUUUUUAUUAAAGGAUAUUCUGUACUUCUAUAUAUAUAAGACAUACUACAUGCAGAAUAAUAUCAAAUAAACCACAACACUUGGAUUCUGCCUGCUGUGAUAUUUCUUCAAUUUGUUUAUAUGUUGUUAGAUUCAAGUGAUAAUUUAUCGGUAGGCUAUUGCAUCUGGAAUGUAAUUUGUACUAAUAUUUUUCAUUUAAUUUGUUGGAAUAAAUUAAGCUCAGAUCCCUCCU